GUAUCCUUGGCGUUUUGGACAGUAAAUGAGCUGCCACAGACUUGCUACAUCCGUUCCGUUGUUGAAUCUCUUUUUGACAAAACAUUGAAUUACAAAACUGUGUUUAAGCAAAAUACACUGUUUUAUAGCUAUUCAUACAGUGUUAAUAUGCAAAUGUCUCUGCUUUAAUGUUGCUUGGUUUACAUAAUCACAUGCACUGACAUAUAUUGUUUUGAUAUAUCUAUUUUUUAACUCUGCAAAUCACUGCAUCUCAGUACUGUCUGCAUCCCAUUGAUGCCUGUCCGUGCUUGUUUUUAACAGGUUUGCAUAGUUGCAAAGUAAGCAAGCCCAGGGCACCAUGGUUUUUUUUCUGUGGCCCCGGGCACUUUCUCCUGUGCAAAUAACUCCUCAGUGGGAUAGAAAAUUCCUCCUGAUUCCAUGGCUCGAUUUUUGGAGCCCUAAACACGUUGCAUUCUUCCCAAGCACUGGAAAAGAGAGCUGGAACCUCCCCCUUGCUCUCUCUCCCUCUACAUACACCCAUCACCGUGAGACCAGGGACGCCCCUCUUCCUUUGCCCCCGUAGACUCCAUCAGAUACCACUUGGCCUCCUCUUGGCUUCGCCCACCCAGUUAUGCGUAUUAGGAGAUCGAACUCGGGACCAAGUGCCGCUCUGCCCCGUGCCAUGAUGCCCAUCAGCCGCUGGCCGGUGCUGGCCCUGCAGGCCGCCUUUCUAGUCAGCUUCGUGGCUUGCAAUGACGCCCCUCCCGUGCCCUCGGACCAGCUGCAGAUCGACAAGCGAUCGGUGCCCGACAGCUGCCCCAGAGCUGUUAAGGAGGGAGACUUCGUGCGGUACCACUAUCAUGGCACAUUCCCCGAUGGCAGCAAAUUCGACUCCAGGUAAAUUGGCACACAUGCUUAAUACCCAUAGAUAUAAUUAUACUAUUAUUUAGUAGCAAUUGACUUUUUGAAUGGCUACCCCAUAGGGGAACAUUAUUUGAGAUACAGCUGUGAUUUUACAUCGACAGCAAUACAACUGCUUCUCCAAGUAGAGCAGCUCACCAUGGAAACCAUGGAAUAUACCUGCUGAUUGCUACACAUUUAUAGCACAUUGCCAGAAUAUAACUUUAUACAAAGAGUCUCUGUGUUGAUUUUGUUUCCAUCUCCCACCUCCCCGCCCCCCGUCUUGUCCCCCAUUAUCUAGCUUUAUACAAGUAACAUAUUUCAAAAUGAUACUGUGCAGAGUUUCUAAAUGUGCCAUGUUUCACAAAAUGUCACGCUGACCAAUAAAACGAACUUGCAAAGAAACUAUUUUUAUGAGAUCAAAUUGUCUUCAUUCAGACAAUUGGACGGUGCUGAAGGUUUAUAAAGCUGUUUAUAGUUUUCAUUAAAAAAAAGUCCUGGUCACAGUAGACAGUCAUAGUUUAGUUGAUGGUCACUGUUGACUUAUGAGGAGAAAACUGUCAAACACUUCAGCUUUUUAAGUGCACAUACUUCAUUUUGUCUUAGGAAUCUAAAAUAAUGAUUUACAGAUCUGCUUUCCAAAUCUUUCUUUAAAUUAAAUAACUUCCCUAUAAAACAAUAAUGUACAUUUUGAAAAAAAACUGAAAAAUAUAUUCAUUAAAUUUACAAAGCAUGCAUAUACAUUUUUUAUUCUCAUAUAGUAUUUAUUUUACAGCAGUCUCUGGGCUGCCAUUGGUUUAUCCUGUUUUGUUGGUUUUUUUGGUUGCUGAUGAAUGAAUCGGAUUCCAGAUGUAUUCUGUGUGAAAGCAUUACACAUACUAUCAGAAUACAGAUUUGACUUAAAAUGAACCAGUCAGUUUUUUCCCUCGCUUAUCCUAACUUUCUGUUAAAUAUAGAGUUUCUGAAGUUAAAGGCAUAAUCUGCUAAUCAUAUAACCAAAUAAUUGCAUUUCCAUGCUGAUUUUGAAUUAGCAUAGUUUUUCACUUAACCCAGAUAUUGGGAUUAACAGUUAAAAAUGCUACUGUAGUGGGUGCAGGGGUAAUAGAGUCUGUAGUGGGUGCAGGGGGGUAUUAGGGGCUGACUGUAGUGGGUGUAGGAGAGGGAUAAGCGGUGUAGUGAGUUCAAGGAGGCAUAAGGGUUGUAAAGUGUAUAAGGGACAUAGGGACUGUAGUGGGUGUAGGAGGUAGUUGUUGUGGUGGGUGCAGGGGGAUAGUGGCUGUAAUGGGCACCAUAGAUGGUGCAUAUGGUAAUAGGGACUGUAGAGGAUGCAUAGGGUUAUAGGGUCUGUAGUUGGUGCAUAGGGUAAUAGGGGCUAUAGAGCAAGGCUGCUAUAUAGGUAGAUCCCCAGAUAUAGAACUGCAACUCACAUAAUGCUUUUAAUGCCUGUAGAGUGACCAAGCAUCAUGGGAGUUUCAGUUCUACAACAUCUGGGUACCUACGUAUUGGGCAGUACUGCUGUAGAGGGUGCAUAGGGUAAUAAGGGCUGUAGUGGGUGCAUAGGCUAAUAGGGGCUGUAUUGGGUAAAGGGGGAUUGGGGAGAGCAGGCUGUGGUUGAGCAUAGUGGAUGGAGCUAUCAUUGUGGGUAGUAGCUGUGAUUGGGCAGUUGUGAGGGGAUAUUGGAGGAUAUAUAUAUAUAUAUUAUUUUUUAAUCUAAUAAUAUAAAAUACACAAAAAAGCAUAGAUCCCCCCCUCCCUGAGCCUUACCUUUGCUAAGGGAGGAAUGGGAAUCCUUAUUCUUGGCGGUCCAGUAGGGAAUGUGCUUUUCUGCACCCACCUAUUCUGUCUGAUCUCCGCCUACUCUGUGACACAGGCUGCCAGUGCCUGCCCCUCUUUGCUCCCUCCCUAUUCCAUCCAUUCAUCUGUUGAAUUCUGCUGUUCGCACUGGAUGUAGAGUAGGGUCCUAAGCCGACCGUUAACUGCUUACAAUAUUGUAUCAUAACUCUAUGUGGAGGAGCUUAUAGGACCCUACUAUACAUCCCAUUCUAACAGCAGAAUUCAAAACAGAAAUGAUUGGAGAAGGGAGGGAGCAGAGAGGGCCAGGCACUGGAAGCCUAUAUCACAAAAAAAUGCAGAGAUACGGAAAUUGCGGAGUGCUGGGGAAACAGAAUCUUAUAGAACACUGAUGAGGGAGAUAUUUUAUCUCUCUACCAGCCUUGAAGACCAGCAGAGGGGAGCAGAUAGGGAGGGCAAGGCACAAUCCAGGGGGUAAAUUGCCCCACCCCCCUUAACCCUUCUAGAGACACCUCUGCUCAUACUGUCCUUAAUAUGGGACUGCAGGGUGUAGGCCAAGACUUGACAAGCUAAGGACUCCGUGUAUAUUCAAAAAUAGGACCUGGCACCCAAACUAUUCCUUCAUGUCAGUCAGGAUAUAUCAAAAGAUUUCCCCAGGCACAAACAAUUGCUUGCGUAUUUAUUCUUCAUUUACUCCCCCCAGUGGCAUCACUACCACGGUCGCGGUUGCGAGCGGGCCUGUCACUUAUGUGCCAACAUAAUUUCAGGGCUGAUGCAUGACCGCUCCAUCCUGGGGUGCACGGUGGCUGGGUGACCAGCAGGAAGGUCCUGCCAGGCACUGCAUGCAGCCAGGACCGGCCUUCGGCCUUAGGCCUUUAAGCGCCCUGUGCGAAACAUCUUUGCAUCGUCGUCCCCCCCUAGCCUGUCAUCCAUGUAUAGUAUGUGUAUAGUAGUGUAGUGAUUGUAUAGGGGUUUUAUUAAAUUAAUAAUGAUUUAAAAAUAAAUAUUAAUUACACACAUACACACACAGAGUUACAGGCAGACAGUCACACACACACACACAGUUACAGGCAGACAGUUACACACACACACAGGUACAGAUGGACAGUCACAUACAUACAGCCACAUAUACAGUGUCACACAUACAUCGUUACAUGCAGACAGUCACACACACACACAGGCAGACAGACACAGACAGCCACACACACACACAGGCAGACAGCCACACACACACACACACACACACAGGCAGACAGCCACACAGACGCCUACAGGCAGACGGUCAUACACACACACAGCGGCAGACAGUCACUCUCACACACACAGGCAAACAGUCACACACAGGCAGACACACACACAGGCAGGCAGACACACAGACACAUACACACAGGCAGGCAGACACACACACACACAGACAAACACACAGGCAGACAGUCACACACACACACACACACACACAGGCAGGCAGUCACACACACACAAACAUAGAGGCAGACAGUCACACACACACACACAGACACAGGCAGACAGUCACAUACACACAUACACACACAGGCAGACAGACACACACAUACACAGGUAGACAGUCACACACACACACAGGCAGACAGUCACACAUGCGCACACACACACACACACACUCAGACAAUCACAUAUAGUAACCUCUAUUCAUUAUGGAGGUGGAAGUAGUGCAGAUCCUUGAUUCUGGUUGUUGGGGAAGCAGGGACUCUUUCCUGCUUCCCAUGCAGCAAUUACCCGGUACUUCUAGCCCAGCCCCUGCCGCACACUAAGCCCCUCCCCUGCUGCAUGCUAAGCCCCCCUCCCCCUUUCCCCAAUAUUGGUUUUGUUUUUUUUAUCCCGGGUGGAGAAUAAUGAAAUGAAACUGGUUUUGUUUUUUUUAUCCCUGGUGGAGAAUAGUGAAAUCCUCCACCCGAGUAGUCGGCAAUGUGUGAGCUGUGUCGGUCGCAGAGCGCCCCCUGCUCCAUGGCGCCCUGUGCAGCUCGCACACCCCUAAGGCUGGCCCAGCAUGUAGCGUGGAUGACCAGACCACAGUAUGACAGGAAGUACUCACUGAGAGCAGCAAACUCUUGUUGUCAGACCAGGUACCGCUUUGCCAGGUAUAGUAGGGGAGGAAUUGCUAAGACAUAUUGGGGAUGGGAUAAUAAGACACAAACUCUUGUUGUCAGACCAGGUACCGCUUUGCCAGGUACAGUAGUGGAGGAAUUGCUAAGACAUAUUGGGGAUGGGAUAAUAAGGCACAUGGGGGGGAUGGGAGAAUAAGAAACAUGGGAGGAGAGAAUGAGACACAUGGAAGGGUUGGGGGGAGGGGGAGGAGAAUGAGACCCAUGAUGGAUGGGCUGAUGGGAGGAGAAUGAGACACAUGAAGGGGCUGAGGGGGAGAAUGAAAUACAUGGAGGGGCUGGGUGGAUGGGGGAAUAAGGGAAUAAGAAACAACGAGGGACAGGGUAUGCAGGGGAAUAAGACACAUGAAGGGGAUAUUACGACACAUAGAGGGGCUAUGGGAAUCAGACACAUGGCAGGACUGGAGGGGUGGGGGAAGAAGACACAUAAAGAGGGUGGGGGGAAAUUAGACACAUGGAGGGUCUAGGGCAGUGAAUGAGACAUAUGGAGCGACUGGGGGGAGAAUGUUUAUGCAUGUGAGUUUUUAGCUAUUUUUGUCUGUAUGAGUGGCUGAUGUGGUAUAAUUAUGAGUGUGGUUGAUAAUAUUUGUAUUAAAGAGAGCGUGACACAAUUUUUUUGAAGUAUACAUAUUGACAGGAUUAGAAUUGAAUGAUAAUGUUUACACUUUCAAAAAAGAGACUGCUUUGUCUUAUAGACCAAGCUGAGGAUAAGAAAAGUUGGAGGAUCCCUUGGUCUCAUGGGAUAUUUCAUAGACCUCUGUUUUGUAACUUCACUCGUAGUACUACAAUGAUGAGGGAACCUUGUGAAUCAAGCACCGGGAGCACCGGUCAGGUCUCCUCUGUAAGAUACGAUGCCCAAAAGGCAGAGAAUAGCUGAGAAUAUCUCUCAGAACAGGAUUUUAAAGACUCAUUAUAAUUUCAUAUGUGGGUAAUAUGUACUCUGGAAUAUGCUAAGUUAAUAUAAGUUAACAUAGUCAUCUAGUUUGAAAAAAAGCCUUCUACUUUCACACAUACAUUUCUAUGGUUGAUCCAAAAGAAAAAAAUUAAAAUAUUUGAAGCGAUUUCCAAUUGUGCCACAAACAGCAUGUGUACUAUAAGGGUAAACGUAGUCAAAGAGACAAAUUACCAAGAUCCAGUAACAGCACAAUAUAAAAACUAGUAGCCAAACAAUAAAUACCACCACUGGACUCUGGAGGAUUGGAAAUGUGUUAUCUGGAGUGAUCAAUUGUACAUUACUAUCUGGCAUUCUGAUGAAGGAAUUUGGGCGUGACAAAGCCAGGAGAAUAUUAACUUUUGGAAUGCAUAGUGAUUGUUGUAAAGUUUGGUAGAGUAGGAUUGUUUGGGCUGUUUUUAGGGUUUGGGCUAGGCCCCUCAGUUCCAGGUAAUGCUAAAGGAUGCAAAGGCAUUUUAGACAUUUAGAUGAUUCCAGCUUUGUUGUAUCAGUCCUGUUCCAGCACAAGUUUAAUAUGGAGGAAUUUGAAGGGACUGCACAACGCUCUGACACCUUUCUGAUGCCUUGAACUCCUUCACAAAAGCACUUUAGGCUGAGUGGACACACAUUCUCACAGACACAAUCUUGUGGAAUUCCUCCCAGAAGAGUAGCUGCUUACUUAUGGCCAUAUAGUGAAUGCAAUAGUGAUUCUCAGAUGUUUAAAUUUCCAUAAAAUAAAUAGUUUAUUAACAGAGACUUUAAGAUUGACAGAGACAUGGAGGUAUCAAAACUGUAUCUGAUUCAUUAGAAGAUAAACAAAUACACCUGAUUGUUAUCUUUUGUAGAGUCAGAUUAUUUCCCUUUCCUCUGUUUCUUUGAAUGUUGUCAUAGAAGUCCUGAUAUGUGUGCAGAGGGAUGUAGCACCCUUCCAAGAGUUUUUAUUUUUUUUUAAAGAAGCAGAAGGUGGAAAACUAAUUCACACUAUGCACUCAAGAAUUUCCCUUUCAGGUUCCAUAAUGUUUAGAUUUGUUGAUACAAAGUUUAGCUACAUACUGGUACUCAUAAACCUUCUCUAUUAUUUAUGUAUCAUUGUGUAUGGAGGCAUCAUUUUCCUGAAAUACAGGAGCAUGACAGGGAAGUCUUGGUCUUAUAAAAUGGCUUUGCCUGUAUUCAGCCAUGUAGAGAAAUGUUCAAGUCCUCAAAAUGGUUGGUUAUGCCAUCACAUACCUCUCACCAUAUUUAACAGAAGACAACAGACAUUGAGUGUUCAAUACGUCCUUUGACUUUUAUAGUUCAUAUUCCAUUGCCCAAAGGUCACUUACACCAGGAAUUAAAGUGCAUUUAAAAUGGAAGUCAUACCUAGAAUUACAAUUUUGUGAAGCUCACAAUAUAUGUAUGUGUGUGUGUGUGUGUGUGUGUAUAUAUAUAUAUAUAUAUAUAUAUAUAUAUAUAUAUAUAUAUAUAUAUAUAUAUAUAUAUAUAUUAUUUUUGUGUGCAUGAAUUAAUGUAACUGACAUUCUUGCUAUGCCCCAACAGCUAUAGCAAGUUUUUAUAUAAACAAAGCGAAACAAUUUGUGGCACCUACAAUAACUGCACAUUUUGUAUAAGCUUAGAAAAGUGAACAGGUUUAGUAAACAAGAUUAGUAAGGACCGGCUGCAUAAACAGGGCUAGUACACGUGUCUUAUCAAGAUACAACGUUUUAGCUACCGUGUGAAAUAGGAUUGUAAGGCACAAGAGACUUCACUAAACAAUGGGGGUAUUAAGAGUCAUACUAAAAACCUGCACUCUUGAUGGUAGGUAACAAGAUUUCCAAAAGAAGGUACAGUGAGAUUGUGUCCCUGGGAUGCUAGAUCAUGGGGCUGGCGAAGUAGUACCUCCACGGAGCCUCAGGAUAAAACAGUGAAAGACUUAUAACAUAAACUGCGUAUAACAAAUAAAAGUGCUCUUAGGUAGGCAGCUAGCAGUAAAACGAAAAGUCUCGCCAAAUCAGAGAAGUAGGGAGAAUAAAGGGCGAUAGCUUCACCUCUCAGCUCAGUCCCAGAGACUCAUUCAGCCUAUGUACUCCAAGUGCCGAACACAGCCAUGUAAGAAGGAUUCGAGCUGUAUGCCUUGUAGCAAAGAUAGAUGCUGGUGGGCUAUAUCUACGGCACAGCUUGGGGAUACCCACAUGAUCUCCAAUCUGAGAUGUCUGCUUGGAUACAGGUGUCUGCACUGCGUGCUUCUGCGCUGUCUUGCGCUUUUGGGGAGCGUGGUGGGUGUUGCGUCGCCAAGAUGGAACAUUUGCUGCUGGUACAGCUGAGGACUUUGUAGUAGUUGAUAUGCCGUUGCCUCAUACUCCCACAAGGUCGGGGCAACCUCCCAAGGGUGGUCCGGAAUCACCCCCACAGUCCAAGGGAGGGGGUCACAGGUCUCCAGUUUAGUACUGGUUGUCAUCGAUCAGCCCAGGCCCAGGAUAUCAGCCACCUGCCCCGUCCGGUGUGCAGAAGGCCGCUUGAUUUGAGGUUCUCUCUGUAAGCCCUGCAGUGGGUCUCGGUUGAGUCAGGAAUUGUGGAUGUCACUUAAAUCAUCCCCACUGAGGCUGAAUGAAGGUGAGAACCGCAGUUUAAGCUUGUAGAGGAGAGGAGCUCUAGCAAAGCACGUCUCUCCUCCAUGACAGUCAGGCCCAGAUCCCUCCUUUUUUUUUUUUUUUAUCCCCUGUUUUCAAAUUAAAUUACUGUAUGAAAUCUUAAAAUAAUAAUUCUACUUGAUACUUAUUCAUAUGCAUACAUAUGUUCUUCUUUGUCACAUAAAAAUGUAAUGCAGGGGCGGAGCUAGCCGCGACCGCGAAUGGCCGCUUGAAAACGGAGCUCCGAGCGCCGCGACGGGCAAUCCGCAGCCAUCAGGCUUAAUUAACAAAAUGGGACACCCCAAAAGAAUGUCCACAGCCUCCCAACAAGCCGGCAAACUGCAAAGGCCGAAAACCGGAGCGCUCACCAAAUAUUUCAAAGAUCACGGCGACAAGCAGCCCGACCAUGCAGGCCCCAAUAUGGCGCCGGAUGAAUUCUCCCAAUCACCCCCAUCCAGCCCUGCAGCAUCUGACACACUGUCACAGGAUCUGGACAGGGAAAAAGACAAAGACCUGAGGGAGAUUCUGAGAAACCUCCCAUCUAAGCAAGACCUUGCAAACAUGCUGCAAAAACUGGAGGUGACUUUCCAGAAAAAAAUGGCCGACAUCACAGCAGAAGUAACACAGGUCAGUGAAAGGGUCAGCUUACUAGAAAGUGACCAAGACUACACAGCCACACAAAUGCAAAAUCUCCAAAGUACACUAACAGCACAAAAUGCCCAAAUAGCAUCCAUGAAUAGAAUGAUAGAUGACUUAGAUAACAGAGGGCGCAGAAACAAUUUAAGAAUAAAAGGCAUCCCAGAAAAAGAGGGGGAAGAUUUAAAGGUAACCCUCCAAGAGCUAUUCAAUCUUAUACUGCAAAGAGAUGUAUCAACCCCUAUAGCACUGGACAGAGCCCACAGGGCACUCAGGCCCAGAAACCCCAUGGCAGAGGCACCCAGAGACAUAGUGUGCAGACUGCAUUACUACUCUAUUAAAGAAGACAUACUCAGAAAUCUCCGCCAGACACACAACCGCUGCUAUUCCAUGAGAUACCUGUGCAAAUCUUCCCAGAUCUCUCCUGGAUGACGCUGCAGGCGAGGAGGACAAUGAAACCCCUCACAGACCUACUGCGCUCUAGGAACAUAAGAUACCGCUGGGGAUUCCCUCUGGCCCUUACUGCCACGCACAAUGGUACAACAGCAACUCUAUCCUCAGCAGAGGACGUGCGGGUCUUCACCUCGGCCCUAGACCUACCGGACAUAUACAUACCAGACUGGUAUGGGCCGCUACAACCCCCAAAUCGCUCGCAGAUGACCCACAAGCAAAGAGGGCAGACGCCAUCCAAACGCAGAAGCAACGACCAAACGCACCACCAAGGAGGUCCCAGACCGAGAGCAGGCCCCCCGGCUCUUCGAUGGGACCCAAGGCACAUGACGACGACCACCAACUAAGAAAUCACUGCCCCAAUCGACAAGGACCCAACUAAGGUCCAGAGAUCUAUAACGACCACUAAUAAUCCAGAAAUCCACCCACAGAGACUGCAUCUCAAGGCCCCACCCUAGGGACACGAUACCUGAGCAUCACAAGAAAACAUACAAAUCAGGACAUCUCCCACGACAACCUAGACUUGCUUCGGUCCGCGAGCUCUAUGAAAAGGAGACUCUCCACUCUACCGACACUCCUAGAUGACACUGGUUCUGGACUGAAAGACCACAUACUGUCAGCAGGGAAGAGGACACACAGAUACAUGAAGCAAUGGCACUCCGGAGGGGUAUGAGAGGAAAAAAAAAUAAAAAAUAAAUAAAUAAAUAAAUAUGUAUGUUUUACCGUAAAUGAAUGUAUACGUACAGGCUCUGCUGACAAGCAUAAGGCCUCCCCUCACCCCCUAAAUCACCCCAGCCCCCCCUCCCCCUUUAACCUAAUAAUCUACCACUCUCAUAAAGACACUGAGUGGCAUCUCGGGUAACGGUAUACCACUCCCAAUCCCCUGUCCCCUUCCCCACUCCCUCACUACUAACCCCUCUUCCCCUUGGCAACAACCUCAAGGAAUGCCCCUGAGGUCAAUUGAGAUCUGAUUGAUUGUCUUACCGGGAAAUGUAUACCAUGAUAUGUCAAUUAAUGGAUGGUUUUCUAUUUUAUGUUCUUUGGGAGAGCUGCAAUUGUUAUGGGAAUAAUAUUUGUCUCACUUUACACUUCUUAUGCACACCCGAGCAAGCAAUUGAGAUGCAAGCCUCCUCCAACUACGAGGCAGAGCCCAUGCCCAAGGGGACACAUAAAGCCUACCCCUAGACUAUUAGGCAACCCACUAGAGGCAAGCAGCCUCCAGCCCCCCCCCUCUUUUCUGGAUCAUUUCCUCUAAAAUCGACCUGCUCCACAAACACACAAUCUUACCUGUCCCACUAAUUUGAUCCCCUUGCCUGAUCCACUACUCACUACUGACAACUAUCCAUAGGAUUGCCCGUCUCUGGCGAGACAUUUAAUAACAACACCCCAACCUACCACCUCCCACGAAAAUAAAACCUCGAUAGCAGGUGGAAAGACUUGAGCGGCCAAAGCGGUGCACGUGCAACUCCCCAAAGGCCCUAAAGCCUCUCAAGGGGAAAGCCACCGACAGACGAGGCUGCCAACCCUUCCCGUCAACACUAAACAUCUCAAUUUCUUGCUCCACCUGCCUACACACAAUUUUGUACAUAGUUCAUUUGUUAUCGGUUAUCUUCCCCUGGUACACAAUACGUGAACGACAGAUCACACAGUUCACACAAUUUCCAUCAUGGCAAACCUCAACAUAGUUACCCUCAACGUCAGGGGUCUUAACUCCCCAACAAAAAGAGCACUAACGCUACACGAACUCCACAAACUUAGAGCUGAUGUGGCAUUUCUUCAGGAGACCCACCUAAAAGCAGACUCCACCAUCACUAUUCGCAACAGACACUACCCCACAGGAUAUUUCAGCUCCUACACGGACGCAAAAUCCAGAGGAGUAGCCAUCCUCAUAGGGGCACAAACACCAUAUACCCACACGUACCAAUACACAGAUCCAAACGGUAGGCUGCUCAUAAUUAAAGGCAAAACUGGCAAUACAAUUGUAACUUUCGCAAAUAUCUACCUGCCAAAUACCAAACAACACAAGCACCUACGCAAAUACCUCAACAUAAUCGAAAAACAUGUCGAAGGCAUUCUUAUACUCGGAGGUGACCUAAACAUGUCCCUUGACUCGGAAUUAGACACUACUUCCAGCUCCACGACAUACAACGCCGCUACCAGAACCACGAUGUCCAGACUAUUAGACAAAUCUUAUUUAUUCGACUGCUGGAGAACCAUACACCCACAAAGACGAGACUACUCUUUUUACUCAACGGUCAAACACACAUACUCUCGUCUGGACAUGCUAUUUGUUCCUCACAGACAUAUACACUUAAUUCAAUCAUGUGAGUAUGGCUUGAUCACAUGGUCGGACCAUGCCCCUUGUCUCUAGUUUUUCAAAUCCCAACUCUGACACCCAACAACUUCCAAUGGAAACUAAAUGACACCAUGCUGAAUGACACAGCCACGGUCGAUACACUAACAACCACACUACAACACUACUUUGAGGAAAAUACAUCCCCGUCCAUAUCCCCAACAAUAACCUGGGAAGCUCAUAAAUCAGUAAUGAGAGGACACAUCAUAGCUAUAGCCUCCAAACUCAAGAAAAAGAAAGAUGCCCAAAUCACUGAUCUCCUGCGAGAUAUCCGCCUAAUUGAACAGACACACAAACACAACCUCUCCCUAGACCUCUAUAAACAACUAGUUGACAAACGCACAACCCUACAAACCCUGUUAAAUUCCAAAAUCAAACGAUCACUCACUCACACCAAAUAUUCAUUUUACACUCAAGGAGGAAAAUGCGGGCGAAUGCUAGCCAAAGCCCUUCAGCAAAACACGCAACGCACAUACAUAACCACGAUCAAAAGCAAAGACGGGACACGCACUCACCUACUCCCAGCCAUACUUAAAGAAUUCCACGCCUUCUACACAAACCUGUAUAACCUCAGACAGACGCCACCACGACCAGAGGAAAUAACCCAUUUCCUCUCUAACAGAAUCACGCAAACGAUCCCCACAAACGUAAGACAAUCCAUUGAAAGACCCCUAACAGACGAAGAAUUUAGACUGGUAGUUAAAAACCUCCCCAUAGGCAAAAGCCCAGGACCCGACGGCUUCACUACCAAGUACUUCAAAACAUUCACAAAUCUGCUCUGCAAACCCUUUGUCACUGCCUUCAAUUCACUGGCUUUAGGACACAAACUCCCAGUAGAAUCCUUAGAAGCCCACAUCACAUUGAUCCCCAAACCCGGAAAGGACCUAGAGGAGUGUGGGAGCUACCGCCCAAUCUCUCUUAUAAAUUGUGAUUUGAAAAUCUUCACUAAGAUUCUUGCCAACCGGCUGAAACCACUCCUGAACGGACUGAUACACCCGGAUCAAUCAGGGUUUGUACCGAAUAGGGAGGCCAAACAUAACACUACGAAACUCCUAAGCCUGAUACACACAGCCAAAGGAAAAGGACCCCAGAGCCUCAUUUUAACUAUAGAUGCCGAGAAGGCAUUUGAUAGGGUAGACUGGUCCUUCCUCAUGGCCACAAUGAAAACUCUGGGCUUCGGCCAACAAUGGAUACAAUGGCUCGCAGCCAUAUAUUCAAAACCGGGAGCAAAAGUGCGUGUGAACGGCCAAUUGUCAGAUACCGUACAAAUAACCAAUGGUACUAGGCAAGGCUGUCCCCUCUCCCCACUACUCUUCAUCCUCACCAUGGAGCCAUUCCUACAAGGAAUAAGAGACAACCCAAACAUAUCUGGCAUUAAAAUAGCAGAGCAGGAAUACAAGGUCUCCGCUUUUGCGGACGACCUACUGUUCACCCUAUCUAAUCCAAAAACAUCCCUACAACACCUUAUACAAGAGAUAGAGGCAUAUAAUGCAGUCUCCAAUUACAAAAUAAACAUGGGCAAGAGCGAGAUACUCCCGCUCAACAUACCGAACACCACACAAACAGCGUUCCGCGUCACCUAUCCAUUCCACUGGCCCACAGAGUCAAUUAGAUAUCUGGGAGUCCAACUCACAACCACACUGUCACGCCUAUACGCCCUUAACUACACAACCCUUCUAAACAAAGUAGAUACCGAACUCAAAUCGUGGAAUAAACCACAAUUCGGUUGGCUAUGCAGAAUCCACAUCUUAAAGAUGAUGAUUCUCCCCAAGUUUCUAUAUAUAAUGCAAACCUUGCCUAUUAAAAUACCAAGGCCUUUCUUCUCCCUCUCCAGGCGACUAUUCAACAACUUUAUAUGGUCAGGUAAACCCCCGAGGCUACAAUACGAAUGCCUCACAAAAAGCAAACAACGAGGAGGACUAGGCCUACCAGAUCUGGAAACGUACCACAAAGCCAUUAUCCUCACGAGGAUUUAUGAAUGGUCAUACCCUAAAAACACAGCCCAAUGGGUACAGAUUGAGGCCAGCUUUCUCGCGACACCGAUAUAUGCCAUACCCUGGCUCGCUAACAAGACCGACACGAAAACGCGCUCAGGGACCUCUCACCCCACAAUCACACACACAGUGAAACUUUGGUCGACCAUUAGGAGAGACAAACACCUAGCACCACAUCCAUCACCACUCUACCCACUAACGGGAAACCCCUCCUUCCCCCCAGGCAUGGACCACAGGGCGUUUAGAAACUUCCCCAAACAAGCUCAUACACUGACUUUGGGAGAUGUCCUAACGGACCAGGGGGUCACUCCCUUUGAACAACUACUACCCACUGAAUCGCAAACGGGAAUGACGCGACUGAGACACGAGCAACUCAAACACUUUCUAAGCACAAAUCCACCACUAUCACAAGGCCAUAGAACCCACACUCUAUACGAGACCCAAUGCGCACAACACAGCAUCCGGAGGGGCCACAUAUCCUCCUUCUAUAAACAAUUAUGCCGACGAAAGGACGAACUCCUACCUACCUAUACAUCCAAGUGGGAAACAGAGCUGGGGAUACAAAUGCAAACCAAAGAGUGGUAUAAAAUAUUCGCCAAUGUCUUCCGCACAUCCAAAAGCAACAGCACACAUGAGAGCAAUUACAAACGAAUAGCCAGAUGGCACUACACACCAUCCCGCAUCCACAGAUUCUUCCCAAACGCACCAAACACAUGCUGGAGGUGCAAGAAAGCGGAGGGAACCACAAGCCACAUCUGGUGGCAAUGCCCAAUAAUAAGUAAAUUCUGGGCCCAGAUAACAAACGUUAUUCGCACCAUCACGGGACACAAACUACCCCAAGACCCUAAAGUCUUGUUGUUUUUAAUGUACCCCAGCCCCCUACCCAAACACUCACGCACACUGAUCAACCACCUGUUAACGGCAGCAAACGCCAUCAUCCCAACCAAAUGGAAGCAAACUGCACCCCCUACGAUCAGAGCCUGGAUAGAAAGGGUAGACGCUAUCAGAGAAAUGGAGGAGCUAGCGUACUCCAUUUCACUCAAAUACCACGACUACACGGCCACUUGGGAACCAUGGUUAACUUUCAUACGUAACACACCUCCACAAAGGCUAUAGACCCACAUACCCAAACAGACAAAUCUACCACAACGCAACAAUCCACACUGACGAGGUUCUACGCCACGAUGGUACAUACUAGCUAUACCAGGAAAGUUCAUCACCCACCCCAAUGUACUGUUAUGUUAUGUUAUAUUAUGUUUUGAUUUCUACCUGUAUGUUAAUAACACACCACCCAUGCAAAGUGAACAACGUCUAAAAUCAAACCGCACUCGAGUACUUUGUCCAAGGGUACCGCACACAAACGAAUGCUAAAACGUAAUGCUAAAACGUAAUGUGCUCGAACAGUUACCACAACCGUUCUGGACUCUCAAGCAUGGUAACAAUGUAUAACAUACAAAAGUUCGUUGAUACCAGAUUGUAUAUUGCAAAACAGAUGUUGUAAUCUUGCAUUAUUACUCAAUAAAAAUUUUAAAAAAAAAUGUAAUGCAAUUAGACUUUGCUGGCUUUUCUUAAAAAACAACACGAAAAAAAACAGAUUUAUUCACAUGGCUACGCAAAUACAAAGUCAGUUCUUACAAUAUCAUUGAUGUUAAAAUGAUCAACAGCUGAUGGUAUAUGCUGGACAUUCAGAGUGUAGAGACACUCUACCCUUGAUGUUCUGUGUCUCAGUGUCUGUGUCUCAUUGCGGCAGCCCUCUAUUGGUUAGAUGUCACCUGAUCUACCUGAAUACACUCAACAUUUAGUGGCUGUCCCCGAUCCAUGAAUCAUCUUUCAAGGCUUAGCUCAUUGGCUGAGAGUGAUAAGGUUUAUUAUAAAUCUGAUUUUAUUAAGGUCAUCAAAUAACACAAAACAGCUUUCCCUUGCAGGGAAUGAUGCAUAAACUUUGCAGACAAAUUGGGAAUAUCCAGUGGAGCAGGGCAGGAGUCUGGUACCAUUGGGUGACGGAGGAGGCAGAGCGCCGACACAGCACCGACAGAGCCUAGUGUUGGAAUUUUGUGAGCAUUAGGCUUUUUUUUUUAACCCUUGCAGUAUUGGGAAAUGGGACAGAGGGAACUAUGGGGUAAGGAAUACAGAUUUGUAUUCCUUACACUAUAGAAUCCCUUUAAGAUUGCGCCUGGCCCCAGGUAAGAAGUCAAAGCAUUCACAAACAGAUUGACUGCUUACCUGGUGCCAUUACAGUGUAGUGUAGUAGUUAAGCAGAGACAUGAAUGUUUUAUAUUAACCUAAGGGUAACUUUUAGCUUCUGAGGUGUUGGGUGUAGAGAGUCCAGUAGCUGGAUAGGGAUAGUCAACACAUAAAUAUUCUAAAAGCAUUCAUUUAGUCCAUGUUGCUUAGAAUGUAAUGGUGAGUGGUUAUGUAAAGUUAUCAGGAAAUACAUAAAUAUUAUUUUAUCAAGGUAAGCCAACACAUUACUAAUCACAUUUUCUAGUAAAAUCAUCUUAUCCUUGAUCCUACUUCUCAGUUUAUGCAGAGCCAGUGCAAGGAUUUUUUUGCUAUAUAGGCAAAGAUGCAAUUUGCCGCCACCUCCCCCACAAAAAAAUGCAUCUUCAUCCUUUUAAAUUAUUUGCCUCUUUUUUGCUUCUUAACUGCUUUACCCCAUUUAGUCUAUCUUAUCCUUCUUUUAUGUCUUACACCCCCUUAAGUGUAUCUUAUCCUCAUUUUCCCUCUUGUGUAUUUCUUAACCCCCUUUGUGGUUCUCUGACAUCCUCCAAGCCCCGGUGUAUCUCUUACUCCCCCAAACCUCUAUGUGUGUCUGUUACUCCUCCCAGCAUCAUCUUAGAGAGUGUCUGUCUCCCCCUCCAGCCCAUUUAUCUCUUUCUUCCAUUCCUCAACCCCUAUAAAUGUUUUUUUCCCUUCUUCAGUUCCUAUGUGUGUCUCUUUUUCCAAUUUUACAGCCCCUCUGUGUGUCUCUUCCAACUGCCAUUCUAUGUGUCUCUUUCUGCCAGCCUCUCUGUUUGUUUCUUUCCCCCAGCCCCUCUGUGUGUGUCUCUCCUCAGGCCCCUUUGUUUGUCUCUUUCUCCUACAACCCCUCUGUGUGUCUCUCUCACCCCUUUCCCAGCACCUUUUUGUGUCUUUUCCCCUUCUGCAUCCCCUCUGUGUGUCUCUUUUUCCAUUUCCCAAACCCUCUGUGUGUCUCUUCCCCUACCCUUCCUGUGUGCCUCUUUCUCUUCCCAGCCCCUCUCUGUGUAUCUUUUAUACCCUCAGCAAUUCUGUUUCUCUUUCAUCCCCCAGACCCUCUAUGUCUCUUUCUUCCAUCCCCUCUGUGUGUUUCUCUUUCUCCGCAAGGGCCGUGUGUCUCUAUCUCCCCCCAACCUCCCUGUGUGCCUCUUUCAUCCCCUCAGCAAUUCUGUGUGUGUUAUUUUCCCCCCAGGUCCCCUGUAUCUCUCUUAUGGUUGAGCCGGCCAUGGUAGUUUGCAGUUGUUUGUGUGUCAGAAGUUGGACUUGGUUUAUGUUUAAGCAAACUAAUUUUUUUUUUUUAUGUGUGGAAGACAGAUUAAUAAAUAUACCAAGGAUUACAGUUUUAUGAUCCUAUAGCUUUUUGAAUUUCCGCAACUUCCUCCUUAUUAGAAGGAAUCGGAAUUGUGAGAGAUACGUUGAUGUGGUUUGACCACUAUAUUGAGAAAGAAACCACCAACUGUAGCAUUGUUUGAAGAUUAAAAAUUUGUGAAUUUGCAUACCCCUUUUUCUUUACUUGUGUGUUUGUCUAUGUGUGGCAUGUGCUGUCAUUUGUCAUAAUGUUCUCCAUGACUUUUAACAAUUUUGCAGUUUGUAUCACAUUCCUGCAAUUUGGACAUUGUCUAUCUACCUCUUUUAGCUGUCAAUUGCCUAAAAUAUUUUAAAACUCAUCUAUCAAAAUGCCAGUUACCAGAUUCUAUUACAGCAGGCACUUGCUGCUAAUUGGUAAUCAAUGUAAUAAAGCACACAGCUUUGCAGCUGCUUUUGUAAACAUGAUUUAGUAAAAAACUAAAUUUUUUAACUGGGUAUUCAUCUGGUUCCAUUUUUUUUGCCUGAACCCUGUGUAUUUGUGUAACUGUUGUUUUCUCUAAAAAUAUCAUGUCGAGUGCUGAAUUUCUUCUUAAAGGUAUUCUUGACACUGUAAUAUUCCUAUAGUAUUCCUGACACUGUAAUGUUGGUGUUGCUGUUUAGGUUACCGGCCACCUUGCAUCACUGUGACAAAGUGAUUUUACUCACCUUUUCUCCCACACCACACCAAUCUCACCGUGGCUGAAUCUGCCUCUAUAGCUUAGAUCAUCAAACUUGAUGAUCUUAGCCAAUCCAAUUCUUUCCCAUAGGAAAACAUUUACAUCCUUAGAAAGAAUUGCUGUGGAUAAGGACAAAACUAUGUAGACAUAUGCUAUAUAAAAGGGCAUGUUUUAAAAAUGUAUUUUUUUUUAUACAGCUUGAGCUAUUAGAUACUAGAGAAGAGAUACAAACUCCAAUAAACAUGUUUGCAAUUUAUUCACCCCUAUAGGCAUUUCAGUAAUAAAACAAAUAUAUAAUAAAACAAAUUGUCUGUAAUAUAUGCAACCUAAAUAAAUAUAACUGUUUUGCAGCAGUGCUCUACUGAUCUCAAUUAGGGGCAAGGUGAAACAUGAUUCUUUGUCCACGUCUUCACUUUUGCUUUUGACUUUCACAUAGUGGUGCUGUUUUCAUUGUGAGAAGGGUGUUAGUGCUGGAAUUCCUAAAGUGAAAUACGAGUCAGUAACUGACAGACUGAGCUGGGCAUUCAUUCAGCUUAUUGCUUGUAAACAGGAGUACCCAAUGUACAGCUCCAUCUUGCAAGCGGCUACAGCCUCAAAGACAGGCCCAGCAAUAGCUGGAUUGUUCUUAUUUUUUACGUCAAUCAUGCAGCAAAGAACCAAUCAAUAGUUUCAUAUGUAUCUGUUAAACUGUACAUAAUGAAAGGAACACUUAAAGCAACAAAACCACUUCAUUUUAAUUUAGUAUUUUUAGUUCAAAGACAUAUUGUCUGGCAGACUGACAGCCACUAGAGGCACUUCCUUAUUAAUGACCUUUGAUUUUCACAGCAUUUUGACACUAAAACACCCAAUGCAUCUUAUAGAGAAGUAAUGGGUUCUGAAGAUUAGUGGAGCACAGCAAUUGCCCUAUGUCCUAAAUGCAUCUUGAUAAUAUGCAUUGAGUUGGGCAAAAGUCAGUAGAGAAAAAUGUCCCAUGAUGGAUUGCAGGUGAGUUCUCUUUAGCGAUUAUAAACAUUUUUUUCUUUUUUUAACAAGGGAGACACAAUAAUGGAAACGAAAACAAAGGGGUCUCUAUCAUUAAAAAAAUAAUAUAUUUAUUAGAAUGUUAUAGGUAAAUGUUCCUUUGAAGAUCAUGGUUAUUGUCUGAUAAAAGUGGUAAGUGUAAAAAUUGCUGCAGGUCUGCCUCUCUGAGCUUUCAGUCAGAAAGUCAGUUGGCGACCUGAUCUCAGCCCAAAACCAGCUAGAACUAGAAACUAGUGGCCAUGGAGGAUAAAAGAAAGUGGAAUUACCAUGCCAGAACUACCACAUUUUCUACAUAGGAUAUUCACAGCCUUACCCCCUCCCACCCCCCUCCCCCACCCCCCCGCCAUUAAGCAAGCAAAAAUAAUACAAUUGGAUGGCAUGUUUCGCAUACCAAAACUCCAGUUGAACCAAAAUGGACAAGAUAAAGCUGCCAUACAAAUAGAUGGAACUUACCUUUUUCUCUAACCUCUCACGCAGGACACUGCAGUAGAGGAAGUCAUUAAAACCCUAACAGCUAACCUCUCUACUCACGACCUGAUGAUAUUUUUUAUUUCUAAGCAAAAGCAAACAUUUUUACACAUUUGUAGAUGACAGAGCCACGUCAACGGACAAUUAGGUUGGGAUAAAUGCACCAAAAGUCACGACCAAUUAUUUACAAUAUCAGUUUAGAAUUCUACAUUUCAAUGUUACACUUGUGACUUGGCACCAUCUUCAUUUUUAUAUUACUCUUUGAGGUAUUACUCUUUGAGAUUAUUAUUGUAGAUUAUUAUAAGGGUGUUAUCUGGGUGACUUCACAAUAAUCUUUCUAUGCUAUAGUAUUAUCUCAUUGUUACCUUGUUUGAACUAUUUAAGAAACACCAUAGGCACUCAGACCACUUCAGUUCAUUGAAGUGUCUGGGUACAAUGUCCCUCUUGCACUUAGUGCUGCAAUGUAAAAUAUUGCAGUUUUAGAGAAACUGCAAUGUAUACAUUGAAGCACUAAGUCAGCCUCCAGUGGCUGCAUUAGGACAUCCAGUGUCAGCUAUUUCACCAUAGAAAAGCAUUCUAUCGGGAGGGCCUGCAUAUAAUGACAGGCUAGGAUCAAAUAGAAUGUUGUUAAUGUCAACAUUCACAUACUAUAUGAUAUUUGACUGGUGCAUGUGAGGACUGUUCUAGGCAAUUUUUUGCUUGUACUUCCAUGUUUUAUAUUUUUUGCAAAUAUAUAUAUAUAUAUAUAUAUAUACAUAUAUAUUGUAGCGGAUGGCACUGGGCUGUCCUGGAAAUUUCAUGUAUUUUAAUGUCUUCGGUUAAAUUGCAAUGUUAUAUGUGGAAAUGUAUGCAGUAUUUGUCUGAUUGAAAAUAAAAAUACAGAUGGUGAGAGCACUCAAAUAAAAUAAUUACAAUACAAUUACCCAACCUGGAUUACCAUCUGAAAGUAAACACAGAUAAAAGAAACACAUAGGGUAAUAACGUAAUAAUAAACAAUUUUAGACUCUAUUACUGGUCACACUCACAUAAAAAGAGCCACUUAGAAAGCUGGCUCAAACUUGCAUGCCUUGAAUCACAACUCUCACUGGGCUUUCACUGGGUCCUUUCUUGUAGUUAUGUUCCAUGCACCACCAGGAAACGCAGGUUCAAGGGGUAACAAUACACUUUAUUAUAGAAAGAAGGAAUAAAAAACUACACAUAAAAAAGGAAGUCCCUAGGUGCUCUGUGGACUUUUAUCACUAAGGGACUUCCUUUUUUAUGUGUAGUUUUUUAUUCCUUCUUUCUAUAAUAAAGUGUAUUGUUACCCCUUGAACCUGCGUUUCCUGGUGGUGCAUGGAACAUAACUACAAGAAAGGACCCAGUGAAAGCCCAGUGAGAGUUGUGAUUCAAGGCAUGCAAGUUUGAGCCAGCUUUUUAAGUGGCUCUUUUUAUGUGAGUGUGACCUAGGUGCUCUGUGGACUUUUAUCACUAAGGGACUUCCUUUUUUAUGUGUAGUUUUUUAUUCCUUCUUUCUAUAAUAAAGUGUAUUGUUACCCCUUGAACCUGCGUUUCCUGGUGGUGCAUGGAACAUAACUACAAGAAAGGACCCAGUGAAAGCCCAGUGAGAGUUGUGAUUCAAGGCAUGCAAGUUUGAGCCAGCUUUCUAAGUGGCUCUUUUUAUGUGAGUGUGACCAGUAAUAGAGUCUAAAAUUGUUUAUUAUUACGUUAUUACCCUAUGUGUUUCUUUUAUCUGUGUUUACUUUCAGAUGGUAAUCCAGGUUGGGUAAUUGUAUUGUAAUUAUUUUAUUUGAGUGCUCUCACCAUCUGUAUUUUUAUUUUCACUUGUGUCUAUUUAGUGGUUUCUGUGGCUCCACUAAGGUGAUUGUAGCACCAUUUCUUUUAGGAUUUUUUUCACCAGUGUAUUUUAUUGUCAAGUAUUUGUCUGAUUGUUCGGUAGAAUCAUUCUAGCAAUUAUGGGAAUGAAACUACCGAACAGUCAGACCUCCCCAGUGUGAAGUGUGCCUUCAAUUACCAGUUGCAACAAUGUUGCGAACCGGUCAUUUACAAUCUGUGCAGUGGGUCCUUUGUUCUCGGCGUGUCCGCCUUUCGGGAAACGAACACGUGGCGGCGGCCAUUUUAAAACUCCUGAGACCUCCACACUAGCCUUGUAUUUGCUUCCAAACUACCGAAUGACCCCUCGUUCGGUAGAAACAACCGAACGAGGGGAUUCAUGCGAACCCUCCCUGAUCUCUGUAACACUAGCAAUUCGUGCAGUUUGUUCUGUGACCGACCGCAGGGCCCCAUCUCAUGGAACCAAUUUCGGCUGUCCUGUCCAGCGCCGUCGGUCUUUUUAUUACCUCCACAGAUUUCCCGAACCCCUGGUCCGAUCUGGGUGAUUUUUGGAUAUGUUCCUCAUAUGUUCCAGAUCAGGGCUACCAGGGGAUGUGACAUUUAAAGGGGUACCCCCAGGUUUAGGGUUACAUCCAGAAACGGGGGGAAUUUGUGUACAGUAUAAGGGGAUUAUGAGUCAGGCUAAGGGGAGGAGAGGUGUGGGAGGUUACUCGAGUAUGAUUGGACACUGUAAUAAUUACUGUAAAUUCCUCCCUUGCAUGGGAGCAUGCUUUAUAAGGCCACUGUGUGAAUAAAAGUUUAGUUCUGCUCCUGAUGCUGUGUGUCGUCCAGUCAUUGGGAUUGCUGUUGGGGUAUUGCUAUAUUAUUUUUACCUGCUGGAAACCUUGCCUUAUGGAUUUAUAACUACUUGUUCCUGAGCCUCACUGGGAUCUUAAGCGGAGAUAACUUGUGGAAUACUAGAUCUCCGCUACAUAUAUAUAUAUAUAUAUAUAUAUAUAUAUGUAUAUAUACCUAUUCUAAGAAGAUUGGUGUGCAGUGGGUCUGAGUGUGCAGUCAUUAGGUAUCGUUUGAGGAUAAGUUUUUCUAUUGGAGUUUUACUAAGUCCAGCACCAAGGAUGUGUAUGUUAAAUUGUAUCCACAUGAUAUGCAUCUAAUAACUGGCAAAGAUAUUACAUGAGAUCAUACCUGCGGCAAUCUGUUCGUUUGAUUGUUUAGUUUGUAAAUACAACCUUGACUUACUUGAUGAAGUCUUCAACUGUUUGUUAACAUGACGUAUGUAAUUUACAAAAAAUCCCCGGAGGCUGUCCAAGCAUCCUCAAAGUUUUAGUUCUACAUCUGGGAUCUACAUUUCUGGUCAACCCAUGACUAUAUUACUCUGAAACACUGUUUGAGUUGCCUGUUUCUUGUAUCUAUCCUGGAAGACAUGCAACUUUCUUUAUAAUGGAAAUAAUACAGUCAGAAUAUAUUUUUGCUAACAAUAACUCUAUUUUCUGCAGUUAUGACCGAGGAACAUCUUACAAUGUGUUUGUUGGAAAAGGGAAGAUUAUUGCAGGAAUGGACAAAGCCCUGAUUGGAAUGUGUGUAAAUGAGAGGAGACUGAUAAAAAUUCCACCCAAUCUCGCUUAUGGGAGCGAAGGUGUAUGUAAGUCAUCUACCAUCAUGAUCUCAUUGUAAGACGGUUAAUGUUCAUUUUUCUUUUGGAAAGACUUAAAAAUAAGCUUAGCGCUAUUAACAGUUUGUUUGAUAGUGUAUUUAUAUAUUUGGAGCACUACUUUGGUUUAUACCUUCAUUAGUUUAUACCUAAACAGACACUCCACUGCCCAAAUACAUUUGAAAAAACACUAUGUAGUAGAUAUACCCCCAUAAAGAUGCAUUUAAUUAGUCAUUUUCUCUUUGGGGUAAAUUUGAAAACAGCUCACAAAAGCUGCAGAUCUCUUGUAUGCCGCCUUUGCAUACACACCCCUUCUUUCACAGCCCAGACUUUCUGUGGCGGUCCAAUCACAGACUUCCCAAUGCAGCUCAUUGAGAAUUCUUAGCAAGGCAGGUGGUCUCAGCAAUAGCUACCUCUUGAGUUUAGCUCCACCUGGAAGUAACAGGACAGGUUGUCCGAAUGUCAACCAAGGGAUGUAACUAGGUAAAUUUUUUUAAAGUGCCAGUUUCUAUUGAAAUCUGUGAUUUUGUAAAAUGAAAUAAUAUGAUACACUCUUCACACUUUAGCAAGCUAAAGUACACUAGGUAUUUAGAGUGCCCCUUUCAGCAUUUGUAUCAAUACAAUGAAUACAAUAAUAACUAAGAAAUAUUAAAAAAAAAGUGACUUCACAUUUUUAAUUUAAACACACUAGUAGUUCAAACAAGUAUAACUAGUGUGCACAGGUAAUAGACUGUCUGUACAGGGAUGACAAUGGGAACCUGUUAUUUACCUGUUGUUUUUUAAAAUAUUAUUUUAUUUAUACCUAAUUUAACAAAUAUAUAUUUGUGAGGUGUAAAAAUAAAAUUAACGUAGAAAUCCACAUCUCGUUAUACUGUAGCUGGUUGUCCCAUCUACUUCUCCUCUUCAUUUGCAAUAUUUGCCUGGAAUUGCCUUGUCUGAAUUAAAUUAUGACAUAAUUUUCUAAAUCUAUAAUAUAAAUGUAAAAGAGAAUUGAGCACCCUAUGAAAAAAAAGGUUAUUUUAUAUUAUUUUCAAUAUUUUGUUAAGAGGUGUAAAUUCCAGAAAAUGACAGUUCAAUGAGCCAUUGAAAAUUCUAGGUAUUCUUUUCUUAUUAAAGUGAAAUUGUCACAUGGUAGUUUUCUAAUGAAGAAUACUUGUCCAUAUAAAUUAUUUAAAUUUUUUGUAGUUUAAAAUUAUGCAAUUGAUUCACAUUUGCAUGUAUCUUCAUAGUUAGCAAUACAUUCUAUUAGCUCAGAGAAAAAAAGAAUAUAAAAUACAUAGUGCAAAAUACAUUUUGGCUAUUUCUUUUCUUGGCCAUAUUUACAAUUGCCUUGUCAAAAAUUUAUUUUGCACUAGGUAUAUAGAUGUGUUCUGUAAACAAGUAAAUCUGAAAUUAUUAUUAUAGACUACCUGAUCAGCUCCAUUUUCACUUAGCACUCAGACUCUGAAAUAAUAUGCUUCAGUGUUAUAUAUUAGAUGGUCUAUACCAGUAGGGCAACAUUUGGCACUACAGAUGUUGUGGACUACAUCUCUCCUGAUGCUUUGCCAGCAUUAUUUUUGUAAGAGUAGUAUGGGAGAUGUAUUGCACAACAUCCGGCGUGCCAAAGAUUGCCUAUCCAUGAUCUAUACGAUGUUAUUGUAAAAAUAGUUUUACGAUAACAUGAAUGAUUUUGAGACAGUUAUUAGAAUUCUAAAUUUGUGGACACUUCUACUUUACAUUUACCAUCUCUCCAUUUUACUUUUUUUUUUUCAUAGCUGGUGUCAUACCCCCAAAUGCUGUGCUUCACUUUGAUGUCCUUUUACUUGAUAUCUGGAACCCAGAAGACUCAGUGCAAGUGGAGACAUAUUUCAAACCACAGAAUUGUUCUCGUACAGUCCAAGUGUCAGAUUUCAUACGAUACCAUUACAAUGGAACAUUGAUGGAUGGAACACUUUUUGAUUCAAGGUCUGCAUUAUAUAGUUGCAUACACAAUAUACCUUGGCUUUUUUUUAUUUUUCUAUAAUCAGAUUGUGGGUGAUGACUAACAUGUACCUUAAAGGCUAUCUAUGAAUUGAAAAACAAGUACAAUAAUCCCAACUGUGAGGAGUAAAAUAUGCUGUUUACUUUCAAAUCCUAGUAUUUCUAUGUCAAUGGUAGUGUGCCAUAAGACAUGCUCCAUGCAUGUGUUAGACAACUUCUCCAGACUGGGAUCCUCAAGAGUAAGAUAUAUUACAGAAGUAGUUAGCAUAUGACUUGGGGAGUUUUCACUAACAGCAAGGAUUAAACAUUAUUAAAACUAAGCUUAACUCUGGGAAACUGUCUGUUCAUAGUAGAGUGCCUGACAAUUUCUGUAUUAUACAAGCAUUCCCAAGCUGCCUCACAUUGUGCUCCCUUUGGCAUCACUACUGCCUAGGCUCAGUGGUAACUUGGCAGGAAUUGUCCAAACUCAAUUUUGCUUUCAUCUUCUCUCAUCUCCAUGUUCAGUAACCCUGUGAAGCUUUUAAUACACUUUAAAUUGAGCUCAUCGCAGUCCAAGUUACCAUGGAUUUUCUCUUUGAGUUGAGUUAGAAUACCUAUGUUCCAGUUAAUAAUACAAUGAGAUCAUACUUUGUGCAGAUGCCCAGAUAUAUUUUAAUUCUAAAAGGCAGAGUAUUGAGCAGUGAAACUUGCAGGGGCAUGAUAUAUAUAUACCAAAACUGCUUCAUUAAGCUAAAGUUGUUUGGAUGGCUAUAGUAUCCCUUUAAGAUGUAAUGGUCCUGGUGCUUAUAGUUUUACUUUAAGGGUGUACACUAAUGAGCCUAGGCCAUCAUAGCAUAUACAUAGAUCAAGUAAUUAAUUACAGUUAUUAGAUUGUGCAUAUUUUUUUAAUAGCUUGUAUUGUAUUUUCUUGCUUAAUUUUCCUGUCCCUUUACAGUACUGUUGUUGCGACCUACAGUUACCUUCAAAAACAGUUGUUUUAUCAGUAGAUUCAGGCUUACAAGUUGAUAUCUAGAUCACAAUCCUUCUCUUGUUUUCGUGGGACAACUCUUUCUGAAUGUUGGAUGGUAUUACGUGCAAGUUUUCAUUAGGGUCCACACUCGUAAAAUGUCCUAACCGUUUUCUGCUGGUAAUGCCUCUGUUAAGCCUCUUCUUAAAACUGACCUCUUCUUUUGACAUGGUCAUUACAUGUCUGCACAGUCUCACGAUUGAUAUAUAUAUAUAUAUAUAUAUAUAUAUAUAUAUAUAUAUAUAUAUAUAUAUAUAUAUUUAAACAACCCACAAUCUCAUCCUCAAAUAACUUAUCUCAUGGUAUAAUGUACAGCUUUCCCCAGGGGAUAUCCCAGCACAUGUCACCUCACAAAAUAUCCACAAUACAAAAAAUAAAGGGAAUACAGAUCUUAAUCUGCAAUGAAAAUUAGUACAUAGCGUAAUACAAUUAAAACAAAUAAGGACACUGCGCAGCUGUGUAACAGUCACCUGGGGACUUAUGGAACAGUUUAUCAGGAGUUGGAGCCCACUUGCAGGAGAUGGCAUAAGGAGGAGCCAGGAUUUUGUCUCCUCCUUGUGCCAUCUCCUGCAAGUGGGCUCCAACUCCUGGUAAACUGUUCCAUAAGUCCCCAGGUGACUGUUACACAGCUGCGCAGUGUCCUUAUUUGUUUUAAUUGUAUUACGCUAUGUACUAAUUUUCAUUGCAGAUUAAGAUCUGUAUUCCCUUUAUUUUUUGUAUUGUGGAUAUUUUGUGAGGUGACAUGUGCUGGGAUAUCCCCUGGGGAAAGCUGUACAUUGUGGGCAAGCUACCACAAUAUUUUCGUACAGAUAAAGGGGCAAUCCAAAGGCAGGGUCAGACGAGAAGCAGAAGUCAGGGCUGGCAGCGGGGUAACGUAGUCGGUAAAGCAGGCAGAGGUCAGAGUCCACGAAAUCAGUCAGUAGUGUAGCAAAGAUCCAGCAGGAAACACCAAACAGGCAAAAGGACCAGAUACUAGGUUUUAGGCAGGGCUGGCUUUUACAGCCUGCUAAUUAGAUGCAGAUGACCCUGAUUGGAAAAGGGCUACAGGUGGAUCAGCACUGCUUAAUCCAGGCAAGGGGUCAGGAAGCAGAAUAAUGCAAAUAUAAGCUGAAGCCCCAUGGUGGACCACAUAGCAGAGAACCUGACUAGGAUGCUAGAGCUGUGAGUUCAAACCCAGGGCAAUGCCUUUCUGUCUGCACGGCUUGGGAUGUGCCGUGACAAGCUGGAAAUACACUCAUGAUUUUAUUGCCUCAGGAUGCCUCUCCUUAGAUAUCCAGGGGGUAAUCCAAAGAUCUCCUCCUGCUCCUUUUGGUGGACACCAAUUUUCAGGACUCAAGGUUAGGUAUUAAAAAGUAAAAAAUUUAUUAUUUAAUUAAGUAAUUCAGAAAACAUAUAAAAUAAAAAACAAAAAAGGUUCUACAACAUGUUUUAUCCAAAAUAAGACUUCCUCCGAGACAAAAAUAGUGAAUACAAAUAAUAACAUAACAAAUUAAAACGAAAUAUAAAACUAAAAUGUCCCCUGAAGGGGAAUAGAAGCAAGAUAUGCCAAUAUUACAAGGGUAACAAGAAACAAAUGGUAACAUUGUGGUCUUUGUGAUUUCCUCACUGUAUGAAGGUGUUUCACUGGGCUGAAAAUGCCAAAAGUGUUGUCAAAAACAUUGGAAAGUUGUUAUUGAGAUUUAGUCAACAUUGCUAAUAUCUGUAAUGAUAGCUUGUAAUCAAAGCCAUUCUUAAAAAUGAUUGAGAAAAAUUUAGUACAAAUUGUCUUGAUUUGUAAAACAUAAUUUUUGUAUUACUGGGUUUUGGUGAUAAAUAAUUUAGGAUGAAACUCAGAACUUAUCAAGGUUUAUUGGGAGUCUAAAAUCUUCAGAAAGAGUUAUAUAUUACACAGUAACAAGUUUGUGAAAUGUUAUGUGACCUAUCAGUAUUUGUUCUUCCAGUCACAAUCGUAUGAGAACUUAUGACACCUACGUUGGAAUUGGCUGGCUCAUCCCUGGCAUGGAUAAUGGGCUCCUAGGAAUGUGUGUUGGAGAAAAACGCAUGAUCAGAAUUCCACCUUUCCUUGCAUAUGGAGAAGAUGGAGAUGGUAAAGUGAAUGUAUAACUCUGUAGAUGUAUCCGUGCACGUAUAAAAUACAGUCUUAAACAGUUCAUUGCUACUUAACACUUAUUUUAAGUGGAUAAUAGAUUUAGUCAUACCAUAUGACAAAAUUAUGUUACGAUAUUUGCUACAUCAAAGCCCCAAUUUUUCUGCUAGAAGAAAAUUAACAUUGUGGGCAAGCUACCACAAUAUUUUCGUCUACGUAAUAGCAAUUGUUAUUUAUCAAAUCUAAUGAAUAAAAACAACCAAAGUACAGUGACAGUGCUUACACAUUAACUAAUACAACUUUCAUUUAACAUGUAUGUUAUAUCCUUUUAUAGGUAAAGAUAUUCCUUCUCAGGCUUCUCUAGUUUUUGAUGUGGUUUUGCUGGAUUUGCACAACCCGAAAGACGGUAUCGCUGUGGAGAGCCAGUAUGUGCCUGACAACUGUGAGCGGAAAACUCAAGUUGGGGACUACAUCAGAUACCACUACAAUGGGUCACUUCUAGAUGGCACAUUAUUUGACUCAAGGUUAGAAAAUAACAUUAUAAUAAUAUUCUUUUGUGGAAAGUGUAUCUGUAACGUGACGUUUUAAGAUAGUGGGUGCCGCCCUCUUCCCCAGAGUCUUAUUCCUCUCUAUACAGUUCAAAGAUACUCAUACAAUAUAGAAAGCUGAGUAUAAUACAUAGAUGAUUAUACAGUAAAAUAAGAUGGGCACAACAUAUAGAUAUCUAAAAAAUACACAGACCUGAGCACAAUACAGACAUAACCAUACCACAAACAGAGAUGAGAAACAAUAGAGAUUUAAUACCCAGAGCAGAGCACAAUACAAAGAUACCUAUACAAUACACAAAGCAUGUUUCCAUAAAAUGCUUUAGUGCUCUCUAUCUUCCUAGCCCUCUCUUAGCUAUACCUCUCAUGAUCUCAUCUUCAGUAGUACUACUUUAGCUUUCAAUUAAAUAGUGCUCUUGUUAUGAAACAUAUGGGCUACUCAAUUAGCUAUCAGCACACAGUGUGCACACGAUUAAAGCAUCUAGAUAGUAAUAGACUCCAACCAUGUCAGCUACUCCUGACUCACUAUUAGUUCUCAGCACACAGUGUACAUAAGGUUAAAGCAGUAGGAUACUGAUAUACUCCUUAUUACAUUUGCAGCUGGCAAUAUAAUUAAUAUGCAGUGGUAAUAUGGAGCCGAGAAGUAGCUGACAUAGUUAACAGAAGCAACAACAAACAUUACAGAAUAAAACAGUUUGAAACCAGAAUCAGAACAUGAAUGCAUGCCAGGCUGUCUGCCAAUCAUGCAGGCUGGGCAACUAAGGAUGUACUAUGUUGACAGCACCCUGAGCUUGGCAUAAAUGCAGGGCCGGACUGGGGAAAAAAUCUGACCCGGGCAUUUUGAAAACAGCGGCCAACUGAGAAGGGACGGGACCAGAGAGAGGUGUGUUUUGUCACCACCAAUGACAAGCAUGCCCCCUCUCAAAGUGAGCAUGUUCCAAGUCACCCAAUGCCUUGGUGAAGAGCUCUAGCAUGAGAAAAAGGCCCUGUAUUUGUUCUAAGCAGCGCAAAUAAAUUUACUAACAUGCAGUUUGUGACUUGUCUCUGGUGUCUCCAUAACUGGGAUACAAGAGGAGAAGAGGGCCAAUAAAGGGUAUUCUGCAUGUGUGUGGAGCCUGCUUAUGGAAUUGCAUUUGUGUGGUCGAUUUUAGUUGUGUUGUAAUAUGUGUGGCUAGUUGCCGUAGAGAGUGAAAAAAAGAGUGUGUAUGUACAGGGUGCAUAGUGUGUAUAGGGGAUGUAGCGAGUGUGUGCAUUGGGGCUAUAGUAUGUAUGUGUAGGUGAUGUAAUGUGUGUAGGGGUUGUAAAGAGUGGUAUUUAGGGAAUGUUUGCUUACAGGGGAUUCAGAGUGUGUAUGCCAGAAAUGUAGUGUGUGCGUGUGUGUGUGAAGGGAGCAGUGUGCGUGUGUGUGUGUGUGUGUGAAAAGUGCAGUGUGUGUGUGAAGGGUGCAGUCAUUGUGUGUGUGUGUGUGAGGGGUGCAGUCAGUGUGUGUGUAAAUAGGGUGCAGUUAGUGUGUGUGAGGGGUACUGUGUGUGUGUGUGAGGGGUGCAGUGUGUGUGUGUGUGAGGGAUGCAGUGUGUGUGUGUGAAGAUGCAGUGUGUCUGUUUGGGAUCAGUGAGCCUGUGAGAGGUGCAGUGUGUGUGUGAGGGGUGCAGUUAGCGUGUGUGUGUUUGGGGUACAGUGUGUGUGUGUGGGGAUGCAGCUAGAUUGUGUUUUAGGGGAGCAGUUAAAAUGUGCGGGUGAGGGGUGCAGUUAGAGUGUUUGGGGUGCAAUGUGUGUGUGUGAGGGGUGCAGUUAGAGUGUGUGAGGAGGUGCAGUUAGAGUGAGUGUGUGUGUGUUUGGGGUGCAGUGUGUGUGUUUGUGAGGAGUUGCAGUUAUAGUAUGUGCGGGGGGUGCAGUUAGAAUAAACGUGUGUGUUUGGGUUGCAGUGUUUGUGUGUGAGGGGUGCAGUUGGAGUGUGUGCGGGGGGUGCAGCUAGAGUGAGUGUGUGUUUUUGGGGUGCAAUGUGUGUGUUUGUGAGGGAUUGCAGUUAGAGUGUGUGUGUGUGUGUGUGUGUGUGUGUGGCUGGGGGUGCAGUUAGAGUAAAUGUGUGUUUGGGGUGCAAUGGGGGGGGGGAGAUUAGAGUAAUAUAAAUAUAUAUAUAUGGGACUUUGCUGCCAGCCCUGGUGGUCCGGAAGGAAAUCCACGGUGGCCAUAGUGGUGAGUGAGCUCAUAGCUCCUGGAGUUCACUCUCGUGAGAUUAGAGUGUUGCCAUGCCAACGCUCCAACCUUGCGAAAGGAACCCGGCGGAACUGUGAGCUAAUAGCUCCCGUGUCCUCCGCGCUCUCCCUUGCUGACUAUCCUAUAAUGCGCCUUUGGGCCAGUGAGGGAGAUCUUUGAUCCCACCGGCCCAUGAAGGUACACAGCAGGGCCAGCACUCCGAUAGCGCUGGCUCUGUAUGGGCCAACAGGGCAGAUCUCUUGAUGGCCAGUCCGGGCCUGUAUAAAUUUUUUCUAAGUACUAUACCGUAGCACUCACUUGUCCAGUCCUCUCUUUACUUUCUUACUAGCAGGCAGAAGCUCCUGUUAUACAGUCUAGGACAGAGAAAAGUUGUAUGUAGUGAGUGUAGAAGAAAGUGUACAUGCUACUGUGUUAGAGAGACCGAAGCAGUAGCAGUUGAAGAGUAUCUGCAUAGUGUGCAAAGUCAGCUUUACCCUAACUAAUUCCAUUGUCAGCUAGCCCACAAAGGUUUUGUUCCCCUACAUCCCUCUUAAGUUUCCAUACUUAAGCAAUCAAUGGGUCUAUUCCAUGGGCAUGAGCCUGAAGCUGCAUCUCCAUCAGCCCCUAUGUUAAUCCAGCCCUGCUCCUGAAUUGAGAGGCCAACAGCAUGCCUUCACUCAUGGGCAGCUGAUUCUGCUGCCAAAUGGCAACUCAACGGAAAUUCCUUCUUAAAGGACACUUGGAAUGUACAAAAUCUGCUGAAAUAGGCAGAUUUCAAACCAGACCCAUUUUUUGGACAUUCCUAGAUGCUCUCAAGUAAGAUUCUCCAAAUGGCUACUAAUGAGGUAGGAGUGACCUGGCAGUAUUGAUACCAGGGCCGGACUGGCCCACCGGGAUACCGGGAAAUUUCCCGGUGGGCCGUCGGCACCUGGGACCAGGCAGGCAGCUGGCUCACCUGCGGCCGCAGAGGGCGCUCUUAGGCGGCCGCAGGGGGAUCUGGCUGUUCUGGCGGCCGCAGGGGGAGCAGCCUGUUCUGUCUCUGCUCCCCCUCCCCAGCGCGCUACAAAGAGACCGCUGUGUGCCUUCAUGGGCCGGUGGGAUCAAAGAUCUCCCUCACUGGCCCAAAGGCACAUUAUAGGAUAGUCAGCAAGGGAGAGCGUGGAGGACACGGGAGCUAUUAGGUAGGAGUGACCUGGCAGUAUUGAUACCAGGGCCGGACUGGCCCACCGGGAUACCGGCCCCGGUCUCUUUGUAGUGCGCUGGGGAGGGGGAGCAGAGACAGAACAGCCUGCUCCCCCUGUGGCCGCCAGAACAGCCAGCUCCCCCUGCGGCCGCCUAAAGAACUCCCCCUGCGGCCGCCAAAGGAGCUUCCCCACAGGUAGAAAUUGUGUGUCAGUGUGAGUGUAUGUGUGUGUCUGUGUGUGUCUCUGUCUGUGUCAUAGGGUGUGUGUCUCUGUCUGUGUCAUGGUGUGUAUGUGCCUGUCUGUGUCAUUGUGUGUGCCUGUCUGUGUCAUUAUGUGUGUCUGUCUGUGUCAUUGUGUGUGUCUGUCUGUGUCAUGCAAUGUGUGUAUGUGUCAUGGUGUGUGUGUGUCAUGUAAUGUGUGUCUGUCUGUGUCACAGUCUGUCUGUGUCAUGCAAUGUGUGUCUGUGUCAUGGUGUGUGUGUGUGUCAUGUAAUGUGUGUCUGUCUGUGUCGCGGUCUGUCUGUGUCAUGGUGUGUGUGUGUUUGUCAUGGUGUGCGUUUGUCACGGUGUGUGUGUGUUUGUUAUGGUGUGUGUGUGUGUGUCUGUCUGUGUCAUGUAAUGUGUCUCUGUCUGUGUAACGGUCUCUCUGUGUCGUGGUGUGUGUGUCUGUGUGUCAUGGUGUGUGUCUGUGUCACGGUCUGUCUGUGUUAUGGUGUGUGUGUGUCAAGGUGUGUGUGUCUUUUUUAAGGUGUGUGUCUGUCAUGGUAUGUGUGUGUCUUGCAUGGUAAGUGUGUGUCUCUGUCAUGGUGUGUGUGUGUGUGUCUGUGUCAUGGUGUGUCUGUCUGUCAUGGUGUGUGUGUGUUUCUGUCUGUGUCACGGUCUGUCUGUGUCAUGGUGUGUGUCUGUCAUGGUAUGUGUGUGUGUAUGUAUGUUUUUACUCACCUUUCCCCCCCCCAUGUCGUGCUGGUCUCCCCUCGACUGGCCCUGCCUCUACGGCUGAGAUCAUCAAGCUUGAUGAUCUCAGCCAAUCUGCACUGACACAGGAAGCACCUCUAGUGACCGUCUGAGUGUCUGUCACUAGGAAGCAAUGUAAACACUGCCUUUUCUCUACAAAGUCAGUGUUUACAUUGAAAAGCCUGCAGGGACAGGCUAUAGACACCAGAGCCACUACAUUAAGCUGUGUGUGCGCGCCUGCUAGUGAGUGGGCUUGUGUUUUUAUGUCAAUGACCUUAUGUAUAUCAGUGAGAUUGUUUGUCUAUGAGGAUGUGUAUCAUUCAGCUUGUGUCAGUGAGAUUGCCUGUGUCUGCAUGUGAGUAUGCUUACUGUAUAAUUAAAAAUUUUACUCUGAAAGGACCAAUAUUUUAUAUUUGAAAAAGCAGUAUAUAUAUAUAUAUAUAUAUAUAUAUAUAUAUAUCAUCUAGGGUGGCAAGACAUAGCCUUACAUAUUACAUGCGACAAUAUAUGGCACAAUGACUUAUGGGGCUGGCAUAGAUUUUUUUUUUCCAGGACUGCUUUGGAAUCCCCAGUCCGGCCAUGAUUGAUACAUAUUACAGAAUUAAAGAAAGACUAAUCUUUUCCCGUAGUUUUUUCCUUACCACCCUUUUUUCCGGUUUGACUAUUUUGAUCUUAAAUUUGACAUUCACUUUAAAUUCUCUUUGAAUUCUCAUUUUAGUAAAUAAACAUGUCAUUGUUAACAAUUUGAAAUUAGUGAUUCUUGACAGCUAGAUAGAACCCAAUGAUAAUAUUGUGGGAGAGUAGCUAAAGAGACAGUGCAGUUCUGUGUUCUAUCUUCCCAGCUAUUCUGCUGCAAUGUCACUAUAUCAGCUGCUGACUGGUCAUUUUACUUGUGCCAAUAUAUACUGUAUACAUUAUAUAUAUAUUGUGCUAUCAGCCAUUCUAUCAAGGUAUUUGUGUAACGUCAGGAACCCCAUACUGUGCACUGUCUGUUAAUCAGAUGCACUUAGUGACGCAUUUUAACGGUAUAGUUUUGGAUAGCAGUUGAUUGAUUGGUACAAUUGACAGCCACGUUCUACUUGUUAUUGAUUAAUGUGGGUUAACUUGUAACUGUAUCAGAUUUAACACUAAACUGCAAACCUCUUCCUUAUUUAGCUAUUCUCGGAAUCAUACCUAUAACACCUACAUUGGGAAAGGUUACGUCAUUUCUGGAAUGGAUGAUGGUUUGCUUGGCGUGUGCAUUGGAGAAAGGAGGAGAGUAAUUAUUCCACCCCAUCUUGGUUAUGGUGAAGAAGGCAGAGGUAGGUAACAUUUACCAUCAUCACAACUCAUUUACUAGACCACGAUCUAGAGGUUAUCAAAUAUUCCCAAUAUGUGGAAUUACACAUACCAAUUCAACAUUAUCAAGUGAGACUUGCAUGUGUUUUUUUGUUACUGUGGGGCUCAUGGUAGGGAUCUAAGCCAGCUCUUUAGGCCAGGAAAUAAUGUAAUUGCAACUGUGGGUUGCUUACUUAACCAUGAAUACAUUGAGACCAAAAUCAUAAAAUGUAGAAAAUUAUCUAGCUCAGCUAUUUUUACCACUAUUCACGGCUGUUUUAGCCUGAAGUCAGCCAUUUCCCACAUUUCCAGAUUUAGAGAAUAAACCCUAAAUCCCUUUAUCUAUAGUGCAUCACACCACGUGUAUAUUAUGGGAUUAACCCUUUCCCUACCGACCCUGAUUAUACACAGACUAAGUUGCAAAAAAGAAAAUAGUGCAAAAUGAAAUAUAAAACUUAAUUCCCACUUAUCUAUCCAUUUGUUUCACCCUACAAAGUAACACAUUUAUGUCCACAUUUUUAGUGAGCCCAUUUACAGAUAUUAAUUAACAUUAUGUGACAUUUCUGGAAAACUGCAUUGUGGAAACAGCCAUCUGACUUCUUAUACCCAUUUAACUAUUUGUAUUUACUACAAUAUCUGUGUAUGAUAAAAUUCUUUGCAUUUAUAUUCCUGCUUUUAAAUCAUGACCUUUCAUUUUAUUUCUGUAAAUUAGCAAAUAAAUUUAAUAGUAGAAUUUUGUACAUUUACAUAAUUUGAAUUUUUCUUUUACCUCUCUGUGAACACAGACAUAUACAUCAAUUUGCUGGUUUAAUAUAUGUAUGUAUGUUUGCUAUAUAUUAUAUAUAAAUUCAAUAAUGUAAUAUGUUUUUAAAAUUAAUCUGUAGAAAAAAAUUAAUAAGUGAUCAGGGGUUUACCUAACAGCGAACACAUUUGCUCCACAGGGAAAAUCCCAGGAUCUGCUGUGUUAGUUUUUGAUAUCCACGUCAUUGAUUUUCACAACCCAGAAGACUCUGUCAGCAUCACUGCACAAUUCAAGCCAAGUAACUGCACAGUGCUCAGUAAAAAGGGAGAUUACCUGAAGUACCACUAUAAUGCUACUCUCAUGGAUGGUACCUUGCUAGAUUCAACGUAAGUACCAAUAAAUUAUAGUAUCUCUGUCCAAAAUCUGUACAAAAAACACAAAUAAUGCUACUUACCUAUCCAUCUACUUUAGAGUUACAUGUGAUUACUAAUUGAAGGCAUGUUUAUGUUUAUACAUAUGACAGAAAAAAAUAUGAAAAAAGAGCAAUAUGAAAAAGGGGUGCCAAUUAAAAAUAUAUAUAUAUAUAUAUCCUACUCUUGACAAUAACCCGGGCGCAGGAACUUUAAAUUACAUCAAGUUAACUCAAAGGAACAUCCAUCACUUUACAAUUAUUUUCUUAAAUUAGUAAGCAAAUAAUUUUAAACAAAUAUAGAAACCCAUAUUAAGCAUGAACAUUUUGAAACGCAUAUAAUAAAUGUUUAUAAUCCUACUGUAAACAUGAUCAGAUUGCAUUAUUGGGCAUGUCUCUCAGCUAGGGGAGUUUCUUCAGCCCCCUCCCCCAUCUUACUUAUCCAUCUCAGUUUUAAACCAGUCUACUAAUGACAUAAACAGGGUAUUAUACAGCAGCAGGAAGCCCAACGUGGUCACACUGAUCAGAAUCCAUCUCUUCUCCCCGGUCAGGAUUUUGCAAGAUAAAAAUAUAAUUCAACUGUUCAUGUGUAUAUCUGUCAAUUGGUUAGAUCAGUGUCCCCCCAGGAAUGGCUGUGGAAAGCAUAAAAAAGAAGCAGCGCUAAUAUGAAAAACACAUUUACCUGUUUUUUUUCAGCCAGCAGAGUGAAUCGACUGUCUCAUUCAAAUCUGUCCCUUUAAAUUCCAGAGAGAUUAAAUAUAUGUUUGAUUAUUUACCAUGGCCCCACUUUUUCCCUUCCUCUCUCUCAUCCUUGCUUCUCUUGUCACUGUUUACUACUAUGUACUUCCCCUAGUGCUUGUUACCUAUUCUUAGCCCCUUCCCCUCUUUGUCCCUGAUCCCUUUCUCUUUGGUUCUUAAAAUAUAAAAUGGAACACUUUUUAUCACAUUGUUAUUUUAUUUGACUCUGUCAGUAGACUGUUGCCUAAUGUGCAACUCCAGCAUUACUAAAAAUUGAAAUGAAAAACAAAAGGUGCAAAGUAUGAUUUUUUUUUUUUGUUCUAUUGAUAACUUGUAUACAGAGCUUUUGUUCAUCAUAAUAAGUACAUCAAAAAGUUCCUACAGACGUUGUGUCAACAGGUCUGGACAUAUUGGUAGUCUCCUGGGAGUUUCUCAACAUAUCCUUGUGCUAUUGGGAACCAAUAGGGUAAAAUGGCUAUCACCUCCACUCUCCAAAGCUGAAUCUUCUUCAGAAGAAUAGCGAUCAGGGGAAGUGGUGAAAGAAAAAUGCCAAUCCUGCGAUACCGCAUCCUGGUUUUGCGCUUUGGAAUCGUGAGUUCUUGAAAAGUAGGUUUGAAUGUGACUGUUGUCUGAACUCACCAUUAGGUCUAGUUGUGGUCUGCUCGAUCCUUGAAAUGUUUGAAGACAUAGAUGCCACUCAUACCUGUCUGUUGUCCUCUUGCUAAGAAAAUCUACAAUUUAGUUUCGCUCCCCUGGCAAGUGUACUGCUGAUAGACCUAACGUGUCUCUAAGCUCAUUUAAUCAAUUCCUCAAUUUCAUUCAUCAGAAGGUGGCUGUGAGUACCUCCCUGAUGAUUUAUAUAAGUCUGUCAUCUGUCUGAAUGUAUUCUUAUCCAGGAGCCUGAUAGAAGCUGUUCGAAAUGGAGAUCUUUUAUCACCACUCAUAGUUCUAUUUGAACUGUAGUGAUUACCAUGGAAACCAUUUCUUCAAAUUCUUAGGGUUCAUCCACCAACCCAGGUGUAGACUUACUAGUUUGGAGAUAAUCAAUGGUUGAGACCAGCCCCCUUUUCUCCAAUUAUUGUUUUUAUUAUUACUAUUAUUAUUAUUAUUAUUUAUAUAGCAAUUAAACUGAAUCAGGAAGGAAUGUUGUGGGACUUUAAUGUUCCGUUGGGCUUACUUCACUAGGCCUCUGGUACAUGCCAGAAGUUGCAUAAAUGCCCUUGCUGUGAUUAUUCAAUUUUUUUCUGAAGUCUUUUAUGAAUGAGAAUGAGAUUGGUAUUGAAGUUAGCCCUAGGAAAUUAAUGUGUUUGGCUGGAAGAAGACUGCUAUUCUGGUAGUUUAACAGCCAUCUGUAAUGAAAAAAUGUGUUUAUGACAAAGUCUCUGUGAUGUAAUAACAACUGGGAAUCUGGACCCACUAACAGGAUAUCGUCCAGGUAAUGGAAGAUAUUUAUGCCUAGGGUUCUUAUUCUAACAAUGAGGGCCAGAAGAAAAUUUGUAAAGAUACUGGGGGCUGUGCUCAACCCAAAAUGAUGUGUGCAGAACUGGUAAUGGUCUUCUUUAAGAGGAAAUCUCAGAAAUGGCAAAUGAGCUGGAGCAAUUGGAAUGUGGAAAUAUUUGUCUUUUAGAUCUAUAGACAUCAGGAAACAUUAUUUUCUGUUUGCAUGGGCAAUACUCUUUAGGGACUCCAUUCUGAAGGAUCUUAUGUUCAGGUGCCAAUUGAUAGUUCGCGGAUCAAAAAUUACCUUCCUGUCUUCUGGACCAAAAACAGGGUCGAAUAACAUCCUUGAAACCUGUCUUUCUGUGGUACUGGGCAGAUUAUUUCUUCUUUUAACAGAUUUUCCACAUAUUCCAAUAAGGCCGUCUUUUGAGACCUGUCUAAAGUAAUCCGAGUCAUAACAAAAAGGUCUCCUCUUGGCUUUAGGCUGAACUCUAAUUUGUAACCUGACUUGAUGAAGGUAUUAACUCAUGUGUCCUGCAUAUACUUUGCCCAUAUGUCAGGAAAGGCUAAUAGCUGAGCUCCAACUGCUGAGGUGUAGUCAGAAGGACUUAUUAGUUGAUAGAAAGAACUGAUAUUUAAGUGCAGCUGGAUCUAUAAAUAUAGGACUGACCACAUUUCUAAAAGGAGCCUCUUGCAAACUGUUGGGGCCACAUUUUCAAGGGGCCCAUCGGGUGGCCCAUACUGUUAGGGCCACCCCAUAGAGAGGAAUUUCCAGGGGGACCUGGUCAGCUGGGAGGAAGUAACUGCCCUGGUCACUCCUCCCAUCUAUCAGCGAGAACCCGCGCGGGAGGACUCCCACCAGCCUGAGCCACCACUGGACCUCAGGUAAAGUCACCCUCCUGCACCUAAAAGGUAGGAAACAGGAGGGUGACUUAAACAUUUUGUAUAUGUGUGUUUUUGUUUGUGUGUAUGUGUGUAUGUAUUUGUCUGUGUGUGUGUGUGUGUAUGUAUGCGUGUGUAUAUGUGUCUCUGUGUGUGUAUUUGUGUGUGUGUGUGUGUGUGUGGCUCUGUAUGUAUGUGUGUGUGUGUGGCUCUGUAUGUAUGUGUGUAUGUGUCUGUGUGUCUAUUUGUAUGUGUGUGUCUGUAUGUAUGUGUGUGUGCCUGUGUGUCUAUUUGUAUGUGUGUGUCUGUCUGUAUGUAUGUGUCUCUGUAUGUAUAUGUGUCUGUGUAUGUUUCUGUCUAUAUGUAUGUGUCUGUAUGUAUGUGUCUGUAUGUAUGUGUCUGUCGGGGGGGGGGGCCCAUAGAUCAGUUUCACACUGGGGCCCCAUGGAUUGUGUGUCCACCACUGGGCAGAGCUAACCCAUUAGUAUAUGCUACCAUAGUAAAUGUGGCUUUUUCCAUGGCUAAAUUAGAGAAAAUGUAUUGAUACUUACCGUAAUUUUCUUUUCCUGGCUAUUAUUCAUGGCAGCAUUUAACAUAUGGGUUUAGCUCCUCCCUCCAACCCUCAGGACAGGAAACACAAUCAAUUAAACAAUUAAGCCUACCUUCCCCUAGUAUAUUAGGUACCCCAGUAUCCCCCACACCUCAGUCCAGUAACAAGACAAAUAAACCAAGAAAGGGUGGGAGACCAAAUGCUGCCAUGAAUAAUAGCCAGGAAAAGAAAAUUACGGUAAGUAUCAAUACAUUUUCUCUAUUCCUGGCUAAUCAUGGCAGCAUUUAACAUAUGGGAUUCCCAAAGCAAUAACCACUCAGGGAGGGUAAGUCAUGCUACAAAAACUGUUUAAUAUCCACUUAAAGGACCACUCUAGGCACCCAGACCACUUCAGCUUAAUGAAGUGGUCUGGGUGCCAGGUCCAGCUAGGGUUAACCCAUUUUUUAAUAAACAUAGCAGUUUCAGAGAAACUGCUAUGUUUAUGAAUGGGUUAAGCCUUCCCCCUAAUCCUCUAGUGGGUGUCUCAUUGACAGCCACUAGAGGCGCUUGCGUGCUUCUCACUGUGACUUUCACAGUGAGAGCACGCAAGCGUCCAUAGGAAAGCAUUGUAAAUGCUUUCCUAUGCGACGGGCUGAAUGCGCGCGCAGCUCUUGCUUUUAAGCCUUUCCCCCUUCCAGAGCCGGGCGGGAGUGGGUCCCUGAGGGUGGGGGCACCCUCAGGGCACUAUAGUGCCAGGAAAACGAGUAUGUUUUCCUGGCACUAUAGUGGUCCUUUAAGGCUUAUAAGAGUUCAGGACCGAUAGGCCAAACUCUGAAUCAGAACGAGAUGAGAUAUCCACUCUGUAGUGGUGUAUAAAGGUUUUUAAAGAUGACCAAUUGGCAGCUUUACAGAUGCUCUCUGCAGGAACUCCUGACUCUGCAGCCCAUGAAGUAGCAAUGGACCUUGUGGAAUGUGCCUUGAUGUCCUUGGGAACUGGAAUCCGUUUAGCUCUGUAAGCUUUAGAAAUAGCCUGAUCAGUCCAAGAACGAAGGGUUGCGACAGAGGCAGCUUCACCUUUACGAGAACCCCAAGGUAUCACAAACAAUUGGGGAGACUUUCUCCAAUUAGCUGAGCGUGAAAUAUAUGUAGAAAGACACCUCCUUAGGUCUAGCGUAUGACAUCUUUCUUCCUCAGGAGACGAUGGCUCCUGAAAAUACCCUGGCAGGACAAUCUCUUGAUUCAGAUGGAAGGAUGUAACAACCUUAGGAAGGAACUCAGGUCUGGGCCGUAGCACAACUCUAUCAUCGAAGAAGGUAGUGAACGGUUCUUCCAACGACAGCGCUCUAAUAUCUGACAUUCUUCUGGCAGAUACCAAGGCCAGUAACAACAGGGUCUUUAGAGAAAGAACCUGCAUAGGGACCUCAUCAAUAGGUUCGAAGGGAUGUUCCGUCAAGGCCUGCAGAACCAGAGGCAAAUUCCAGGGAGCAGAAAAUACCUUGAUAGGAGGUCUAAUCCUAAUGACUGCUUUGAAGAAGCGAAUUACAAUAGGAUUCAAUGCCCAACGAACACCGGAAAGAGCUGAAAGAGCAGAGCAGUGCACUUUAAGUGUGUUAAGUUGAAGGCCCCUCUCCAGGCCUGCUUGCAGGAAACCCAAAACCUGAGAUACGGAAGGGGAAUCUAAAUCUUGAACCGUGGAAUUACACCAUCGAGCAAAGGCUUACCUUAUGGUAAGUAGAAGAAGUAGCAGGAUUCCUGGAACGUAACAGGGUAGAGAUAACCUGGUCCGAAAGGCCAUGUUCAACUAGAGACUUCCUCUCAAUAGCCAUGCAUGGAGCCUGAAUUUGUGAGGCUCCGGAUGAAACACUGGACCCUGAAUCAGCAGGUCUUCUGAGACUGGAAGUUCCCAAGGCAGGUCCAUUGAUAACCUCUGUAACAGGGGAAACCAAGGGCGACAAGGCCAGAAUGGAAGUACAGCUAUCACCUUGCAAUGUUCCUUGGAGAUCUUUCUCAGAACAGCGUGGAUGAGGGGAAUUGGAGGAAAAACGUAAGCCAGAUCGAAUACCCAAUUGAUGGAUAGAGCAUCCUGAGCAACCGCCUUUGGAUGGUAUCUCCUCGACACAAAGCAUGGAACCUGCGCAUUCCGAAUGGUCGCCAUGAGGUCUACUUGGGGAAGACCCCACUUCUGGACCAACCGAGCGAAGAUCCUCCUGGAAAGUUGCCAUUCUGAAGCCUCUAUCCGAAGUCUGCUGAGGAAAUCCGCUAAUACAUUCUCCUUCCCUGGGAGAUAGAUGGCACACAGGCCUUCUACAUGAUUCUGAGCCCAGGUCAUAAUGGGAAACAUCUCUUUCAUCAGAGCUACACUCCUUGUUCCGCCUUGAUGGUUUAUGUAGGCAGCAGCCGCUUUGUUGUCCACUCUCAACUUGACCCAGCAAUGCCUGAUGAGAUGCUGAAAAUGAAGAAGCGCCAGAAAGGUUGCUCUUAGCUCCCUGAUGUUGGAAGGCAAGCAUUGGGUUCUUGGAGGCCAUUUUGCUUGAAAAAAUUGAUUGCCUAAAUGUGCCCCCCAACCUGUCAGACUGGCAUCUGUCGUAAUGACCACCCAAUCUAUUUCCCGCAAGGGGAACCCUCUGGAUAGAUUUUCCCACGACAUCCACCAAAGGAGCUUCCGCUUCAGAACCAAAGGAAUGCGAAUCAGCGUCUCCCACUCCCUCGAGUCGGUCCUGAAAUUUUUUAGAAAAAAUUGUUGAAGAGGUCGAAGGUUCCACUGAGCCCACCUGACAAGUUCUAUAGUAGAGGAAAGAGUCCCUAGAAGUCUCAUAAACUCUCUUGCCGAGGCUGAAGUCUUCAGUCUGAAGUCCCUUAUCCGAUCUCGAAGUAUGAUCUUUCUGUCGUGUGAGAGGGAUACAAUUGCCGUGUCCUUAUUGAAAUUUGCUCCCAGGAAUAUCAGUUCACUUGAAGGAUGCAAGUGACUUUUCUCGUAGUUGAUGAGCCAGCCGAAAUGAGAUAGAGUGUCGAGGACUAGUUGUCUGUGUUGGAAUAUUGAUGCUAGGUCCGGGGCCACUACCAGGAUGUCGUCCAGGUAGUGAAACACUGCUACACCCUCUUUUCUGAGCAAAGCAAUGAUGGUGACCAGAACCUUCGAGAAGGUCCUCGGGGCCGUACUUAUACCAAAAGGAAGGGCCUGAAAUUGAAAGUGUUCCUUCCGGACACAAAACCUGAGAAACCUUUGAUGGGAGAUCGUGAUAGGGACAUGAAAAUAUGCAUCCCUGAGAUCUACUGAUAUCAUCCAAUCUCUGUGAUGAACAACCGGAAUGAUUUAGCGAAUGGAUUCCAUGCGAAAUUUUCUGACUCUCAGAUAAAGGUUGAGCUGGUGGAGAUCUAAAAUAGGCCUCCAUUUUCCCUCCGGCUUCUUGACCAAAAACAGGGGAGAAUAAUAUCCCUGGAAUCUUUCUCUUAUGGGUACAGGUAUGAUGGCUUCUUCCGUAAGAAGAUUGUUGACAUAAAGAGUCAAAACCUCUCUUUUUUGGAUGUUGGCUGGAAGCCUUGUGCGAAUAAACCUUGGUGGAGGUGGAUAUUCGUCGAAUUCCAGAUGAUAACCUCCGGUGAUAAUGGAUCUUACCCAAGCAUCUGGAAUUAUUUCCCAGGCCCUCUGAAAGAAUGAAAGACGUGUUCCCACUCGAGGAACCUGGAGUAAGCCACCUUCAGAAUUGCUUGUUGGGGCAAAAGGAAGAGGUCUGCGUCUUGCCCCUAGAGGAUUUCCCAUUCAGGCCGCUCUUCCAAUUGGAAUUCCUUGAGAAUUCUCUACCUGGCCUGUAAGUCUUACUUUCCCUAAAGUAGCCUUGAUCCCUAAAAGGUCUACGGUCCAGACGAGGUCUCUUUGGACGCCUAUCUUGUGGCAGCAUGACCUGUUUAACCUCGGCCGCCUUUUUAAUCGCUUCAUCCAGAGGUUUCCCAAAAAGCACUUCUCCCAUAAAGGGAAGUGAGCAUAAAUUAUUCUUGGAUGACAGGUCUGCUCCCCAGGAUCUCAGCCAAAGCGCCCUUCUAGCGGUGACUGAAUGUGCCAUAACCUUAGAAAGAAUUCUAAUGAGGUCAGUGGAGGAUUCCAAAAGCCAGUCACUGGCGAGUUUGAUAUCCCUUAAGGAUUCCGCCAUCUGACGUCUACUGACACCUUUAUCUAUGUCAUCCUCCAAGUCAAGCAACCAGGAACGCAUGGCUCUAGACAAAGCCGAAAUGGACACAGCUGGAUGGCAACCUAAACCCGCUGUCAUGAAAGCUUUAGAUAAAUCAGCAUCAAUCCUUUUAUCCAUGGGCUCCUUAAGGGAAGCAUUGCUAUCAAUUGGUAGCGUGGAUCUUUUAGCAACCUUAAUGAUAGGAGCAUCAACUUUGGGGACCGUAGUCCACAAUCUGGAAUCCUCCUCUUUAAUCGGAUAUAACUUCGAAAGCCGACCCUGACUAGUAAUCCUCUUACUAGGAAUUUGCCACUCGUUCCUCAUCAGGUCUUUAAUAGAGCUGUGGACUGGAAAGGAAGGUCUUUUCUUAUGUAAAUCUCCAAAGUGUCUGUCAGAAGCUGAACAUUCUCUGGUUUCUUCCGGCAAAUCCAAUGUUCUUCUAACAGCCAUAAUCAAAUGCUCCAUAGCUUUGGAGUCCAAGGAGCAAGGUUGUUCCAUAUACUCCUCUUCACUGGACGAGAUUGGCUCCAAAUCCAGGUAAGAUGAAGUUUGUCUGUAUUCAUCGUCAGACUGAUCUGAAUCCAUGCCGAAGUUUUCCCCUCUUGAUCUCUUGAUCUUGUGGGAUUCAGCAAUUCCCUCAACCACUGCCUGCUUAAUCCAAUAAGCAAUAUCCUUGGCUGAGGAGGUAGAGGCCUGCGGUGACCUCUGGCGAUCAGAUUCUCCUGUGGCCAUGUUUAAGCAUUUUCUGCAGAGCCUGCAGUUAUCCAAAGGCCUUGCUCCACAUCCAGGGCAGGCUGCCGGCUUCUCCCUUCUCCUCGAUGGGGAUCUGGGACAGGACCGGUCACGAGGGCUGUAAGAUACAGAAGUCAUAAGACUGUACCCUCUGUGCACUCUUUUUAGAAACGUGAAGAAACCAAGAAAAAAUAUUGCUCACCUAUGACCUAUAGCAGAUCUCGUUGAUCUUGCAGAAGGGGAUGAAGGAUCCAUACUGACUGUAGGGCUAAGAAUGUUAAAAUAAUAAGAAAAGUAUUCCCAGCCCAAUAUUAUGAUGAUUUUAAAAUAUAAGUAAUUCUCUUACCUGCAGAGCUUUAAGAACAGUCUACUAGAGCACUGUAUCUUUAAAGGGAACGGAAACGAGCGUUUUUUAGGCUAAAUACCGCCAUUUCAAAUUUCCCGCUCUGUACCUUUAAAUGAUCGCGCAUGCGCACUUCGGUCGCGAGAUCGCUAAACCGCCAUUUUGGAAAGGGGCAAACUUCACUCUGGGUCCGGUCGGACGCAUUGCGCAUGCGCGAGCGUCUUACCGUUAUGCUGAUCGUCUGAUCGAGGUCUGCAGCACACACUGGACGGCAGAGGAUUCCCACAGCCUGUGGAACUAACCACCCAGGCUCCCAGGGGUUCCCAACUCCAUGGAGAUUGGGCUACAUGUGCCUGGGCUUCCUGAGGAGGGAGGCUGACCUCCAAAGGGACAAGACCAUAUCAAACAUGGUCAGGUGAGCAAAAAAUAAAAAAUCAUUCAGAAGAAACUGAAAAAAAGAAAAAAAAAAUAUUUAAACUGUCCUAGGGCUAGGAGGACAGGAAAAGACUGAGGUGUGGGGGAUACUGGGGUACCUAAUAUACUAAGGGAAGGUAGGCUUAAUUGUUUAAUUGAUUGUGUUUCCUGUCCUGAGGGUUGGAGGGAGGAGCUAAACCCAUAUGUUAAAUUCUGCCAUGAUUAGCCAGGAAAUAUGAAUGUGUGUGUAUAUAUAUAUAUAUAUAUAUAUAUAUAUAUAUAUAUAUAUAUACAGGGAGUGCAGAAUUAUUAGGCAAAUUAGUAUUUUGACCACAUCAUCCUCUUUAUGCAUGUUGUCUUACUCCAAGCUGUAUAGGCUCGAAAGCCUACUACUAAUUAAGCAUAUUAGGUGAUGUGCAUCUCUGUAAUGAGAAGGGGUGUGGUCUAAUGACAUCAACACCCUAUAUCAGGUGUGCAUAAUUAUUAGGCAACUUCCUUUCCUUUGGCAAAAUGGGUCAAAAGAAGGACUUGACAGGCUCAGAAAAGUCAAAAAUAGUGAGAUAUCUUGCAGAGGGAUGCAGCACUCUUAAAAUUGCAAAGCUUCUGAAGCGUGAUCAUCGAACAAUCAAGCGUUUCAUUCAAAAUAGUCAACAGGGUCGCAAGAAGCGUGUGGAAAAACCAAGGCGCAAAAUAACUGCCCAUGAACUGAGAAAAGUCAAGCGUGCAGCUGCCACGAUGCCACUUGCCACCAGUUUGGCCAUAUUUCAGAGCUGCAACAUCACUGGAGUGCCCAAAAGCACAAGGUGUGCAAUACUCAGAGACAUGGCCAAGGUAAGAAAGGCUGAAAGACGACCACCACUGAACAAGACACACAAGCUGAAACGUCAAGACUGGGCCAAGAAAUAUCUCAAGACUGAUUUUUCUAAGGUUUUAUGGACUGAUGAAAUGAGAGUGAGUCUUGAUGGGCCAGAUGGAUGGGCCCGUGGCUGGAUUGGUAAAGGGCAGAGAGCUCCAGUCCGACUCAGAUGCCAGCAAGGUGGAGGUGGAGUACUGGUUUGGGCUGGUAUCAUCAAAGAUGAGCUUGUGGGGCCUUUUCGGGUUGAGGAUGGAGUCAAGCUCAACUCCCAGUCCUACUGCCAGUUCCUGGAAGACACCUUCUUCAAGCAGUGGUACAGGAAGAAGUCUGCAUCCUUCAAGAAAAACAUGAUUUUCAUGCAGGACAAUGCUCCAUCACACGCGUCCAAGUACUCCACAGCGUGGCUGGCAAGAAAGGGUAUAAAAGAAGAAAAUCUAAUGACAUGGCCUCCUUGUUCACCUGAUCUGAACCCCAUUGAGAACCUGUGGUCCAUCAUCAAAUGUGAGAUUUACAAGGAGGGAAAACAGUACACCUCUCUGAACAGUGUCUGGGAGGCUGUGGUUGCUGCUGCACGCAAUGUUGAUGGUGAACAGAUCAAAACACUGACAGAAUCCAUGGAUGGCAGGCUUUUGAGUGUCCUUGCAAAGAAAGGUGGCUAUAUUGGUCACUGAUUUGUUUUUGUUUUGUUUUUGAAUGUCAGAAAUGUAUAUUUGUGAAUGUUGAGAUGUUAUAUUGGUUUCACUGAUAAUAAUAAAUAAUUGAAAUGGGUAUAUAUUUGUUUUUUGUUAAGUUGUCUAAUAAUUAUGCACAGUAAUAGUCACCUGCACACACAGAUAUCCCCCUAACAUAGCUAUAACUAAAAACAAACUAAAAACUACUUCCAAAAAUAUUCAGCUUUGAUAUUAAUGAGUUUUUUGGGUUCAUUGAGAACAUGGUUGUUGUUCAAUAAUAAAAUUAAUCCUCAAAAAUACAACUUGCCUAAUAAUUCUGCACUCCCUGUAUAUAUAUGCUUUGCUCUUCUUCCUGAGUUGUAUUUCAAAGCUGUUGUAUACAGCAGACACAUACUCCAAGGAAUCUAUGUAUAAAGUGGAAUUGAGGCAAAAAUGUGGUUCUUUGUUGAGCUCAUUUGCAUACGCCUACCCAGAAUCCCUUGCAGUAGUGAGAUUUCUAUGGGAAAAGCAAGUUUUUAUGGCUUGACUGGUGUGUGUAUUUGUGUUUAGCAAUGUAUUAAAGGAGCACUAUAGGGUCAGGAACACAAACAUGUAUUCCUGACCCUAUAGUGUUAAAAGCAUCAUCUAGUCCCCUGGUCCCCUCUUGCCUCCCUAAAUAUAGUAAAAUCUUACUUGUAUUCAAGCCGGAAGCUGCUGGCUUUGUCCCUGUUUCAUUUUGACCUGCCCCACUGCCUGCUGACAUCAGCAGAACUGGUAGCCUGAUCCAAUCACAAUGCUUCCCCAUAGGAUUGGCUGAUACUGACAAAGAGGAAGAUCAGGGGCAGAGCCAGCACAAUUCAAACACAGCCCUGGCCAAUCAGCAUCUCCUCAUAGAGAUGAAUUGAAUCAAUGAAUCUCUAUGAGGAUAGUUCAGUGUCUGCAGGCAGAGGGAGGAGACACUGAAUGUUUAAAUGCUUUUUAGGCAGCCGUGACCCAGGAAGGAUCUCUAACAGCCAUCUGAGGAGUGACCAGUGAAGUUAACACUAGGCUGUAAUGUAAACACUGCAUUUUCUCUGAAAAUACAGUGUUUACAGCAAAAAACCUGAAGGUAUUGAUUCUACAGAACAAAUUCAAUAAGCUGUAGUUCUGGUGACUAUAGUGUCCCUUUAACUAUAUAUAUAUUGAGACAGAGAGAGAGAGAGAGAGAGAGAGAGAGAGAGAGAGAGAGAGAGAGAGAGAAGAAAUUCUAGCUGUAUUAGUGCAAUGAUGCUAAAGUAAAAUAACAGAUUAAAUUACAAGAUACUAAUUUCAUCUGUUAUUUUAAAUGUAUACCACAUAGUUACCCUCAGACUCCUGGGCAUCUAAUAGAGGACUUGAGAAUGGGGAAAACUCAAAAUAUUACAAGAAGUAGUGUGAAAGUAAAUUUAAAUUUAUAUUUAUAUUUAUAAUGAAUAUAUGUUGUCUCUUUUUAAAUGUAAUCUUUCAUUGUGUUCACUCUUAACAAGAGUCCUAUGUAACAACUGAAUUUGAAAUGGACACUUUAUUGUUUGCUGUUUGUACUGGUGUAAUAAAAGCAACAACGAAGCAUUGUUUUUGGUAGGUACUAACCACUGCAUAUAGUUAACACCCCAUAAGAUCUGCCAUUUUGGAGAUGUUCUGACCCAGUUGUCAAGCCAUCACUAUUUUUGUCUAUUUUGACUUGUCAAAGUCAGUCAGAUCUUUUCCUGCUUCCAACAAAUGAAAUUCAAGAACUGAUUGUUCACUUGCUGUCCAGUGUAUCCAGUCCAAUGACAGGUGCCCCUGUAACAAUAAAAUCAAUGUUAUUCACUUCACCUGUCAGUAGUUUUAAUGUUGUGGCUGAUCAUUGUAUAUUUUUUUUUUUUUAUUGUAAUGAGACUGAUCAAUUACGGUUCAUGGUUCAUAGUGUAAAUUAGAGGAACAGUCAUGAGUUUGAAUUUUACAACUGGUAUGUAUUUCCAUUGAUUUCAUAGGCAGAGCAUGUUUCUCUAUGCCUUUUCCCAUGUGAGGUGAUUCAUCAUAUGUUAUAUUUUUUAUCUCCAAGAAUGGCAGGAUUCAAACACAAAGUAAAUUGGAACUCAACUAAUAUGAAAGUGUUAUAAUUAUUAUUACUGUUGGCAUUUAUAUACAGCCAACCUAUUCUGCAGUGCUUUAAAAUAUUUUCCUGGCUGGUAUCAAUGUUGGGAUCACAUUUCAGCGAAGAGACCUCCUUCUUUACCUUCCUUCACUUAAAAUUUGAAUAUCCCUGUCCUAAUCAGCAUGGAUAUGGAUAUUAGCCAGGAAAGGAAAAUUACAAUAAGUGUGUAAAACAUUUUCUGUUAUAAAGGAGAAAACGUAACAAUAAAUCAGACAAUUAAGAAAUGUUACAGGAACAAUAGGUUGAUGAAAGGCCAAAUGCAUAUCUUCUGAAACUAGAAACAGAUUAUCAACAUGGUGAUGGAACAACCAGAGUUAUUGGCUCAGAUCUUCUCAUUUUAGGACUCUAUGAGUAAGCUGGCCCAGUAUACACAAUAAGUGAAAUAUUUACUAGCUACCUUCCUUGCAUGCAUUAAUAAUAUGCGGUUGCUGAAUUGUACACUUGCCAAAUUGCAGCAAAUUACCUAGAAAUAUCUUUACAUUGCCUUGACGUUGUACUUGCUUUCAUGCAAAAAGAUGAACCGUGUUCCCUAAUAUUUUUGUUUUUAUUCUCCUAGGCAUCAGUACGGCAAAACAUAUAACAUAGUCUUGGGCUCAGGUCAGGUAGUCAUGGGAAUGGACGUAGGUCUCCAAGAUAUGUGUGUUGGAGAAAAACGUACAGUAAUUAUCCCUCCACACUUGGGUUAUGGAGAGGAGGGAGUAGGUAAGUUUUAAUUUCUACAUUUUCCUGUAUAAAAGGUACAUUUAGUUUUUCACUGAAUAAAGAUUGUGCAAGCUGGAAAAGAAAAUAAAGAGGGGAAGAAAAAAGAAAGAAAAGACUGACACAGUUAAAACAUUCAAAUACAUUGUACUUUCACAACUCUUCCAGAACAGGAUAUAUGCAAUUUUUUUUACAACCAAGCCAAAGACUGUCCCCUAUCUCUGCCCAGUCCUACAAUUUUAUCACUCUCCCUGUUGUGACAUUUUCCUUUCAUUGAGCACAGAUUUAGGCAUUAAAGUCAAUUUGUCAUAUAUGAACUAUAAGUGUUUUUGAAUAAAGCAAAUUAAAAUACAAAAUAAAUGUACAUUUUGCUGAUCUAAUAGUAGAUUUAAUUGAGAGUAAACCUUACACAACAAAACCAUUUAUACAGUUCAGAGCUAAAAGUAGGAAUAAUGUAAACUUAUUAUUUUUCGCCCCCUUGUGUAUACAGUUAGCAAUAGCCCUUGAUUAAUGCUUCAUAUCAUUGACUAGGUGGCAUACUGCAUUCUAAUUUUAUUGAAUAUAUUUCUAAAGAAUAAAAUCAUAUUCUGGAGACUUAUUUUUUGUUACAAAUUGUGAAAAUAUACAGCCUGAUGUAGUGGUUUUGGUGUCUGGAGUGGCUUGGUGCCUUCACAGAUUAACUGUUUACCUGGGUCCAGCUGUGUAACAAUCAACACCUACCCUGGAGCUAGUAGUUGCCUUUUCUUGCUCUUUUCCUGUGUUACAUUGUCUUUAAUAGAACAUAGCUCUGGUAUUCUGUAUUAUUAAUUCUUUAAUGGAAUAUAGUACUCUGUAUUACUAUGUCGCUUGUUAAUGGCAUAUAGCCCUAGCAUUCUGUAUUACUUAUUUAAUAAUUGUAAUUUUUUAAUGGAUUUUAUCCUCAGCAUUCUUUAUUACUCCAUCUUUAAUAGAAUAUAGCACCAUGAUUUGGUAUUACUCCUUUGUCUUUAUUGAAGUAAUAAAAUACCAGCAUUCUUUAUUACUGUUCUUUAACGCAGUGUAGCUUUAGCAUUCCAUAUUACUCCAUCUUUAAUGGAAUAUAGUUCUAGCUUUCUGUAUCACUUACCUCUUUCAUGCAGUGUAGCCCAAGGACUCUGUGACAUUAAAGGGUUACUCCAACCCUUUUUUUCUUCAAUAGUGCCCUUGUUGGAAUUAAUCUUUAAGUACCCCCUAAAAAAAAUACUGAAAACGCUGCUUUCCAUGCCACCUUAUGAUGUCACCGGAGCAAGGUCCAAUCAAAGGCAUUUCAUAGUGAACAUGAAUAUAAACCUCACAAGUCUGUGACAAGUGGGAUAAGUAAGAAUCACCUUAUUUUAUUUAAAAUAAGUACAGCUUCAAGCAGAAACACUGCAUUGCCAGAUUCCUUCAUCCAUGACCAUUUUAAAUAGCAGAAGUAAUCCUGGAGUAACCCUUUAAAAUUCAUGAUACUUAUAUAUUUUUAUAUAUAUAUAUAUAUAUAUAUAUAUAUAUUUACAUAAUUCAAUGUUUGCUUGUAUAUUUACAGAUGGAGAAGUUCCUGGAAGUGCAGUUUUAGUCUUUGAUAUUGAAUUAUUAGAAUUGGUUCCUGGGCUUCCCGAAGGAUACAUGUUUAUAUGGAAUGGAGAGGUAUCUCCCAACCUCUUUGAAGACAUUGACAAAGAUAAAAACGGGGAAGUUCAAUUAGAGGAGGUAACUAUCCAUUGUACAGCUCUGUGCACCCUUAGUAUAAUAAUUGCAUUUUAAGUAAUGUUAUUUAACAUAUAUUGAAUGUUUCCAGAACACUGUAUAACAUUUAGAUAAUGUGCAAAUUGUAGGUGUUAUAGACACAGCAAUAUACUUUUAAAUGUUCAUGUACAAUAGAAAUAGAUAGACCCAACAACAAGCUUAUAACAUAUUUUAUGCUGGUUCCUCUGCAAUUAUGAAUCAUUGUAUUUAAAUUCAAUAGCAAUAUUAACAUUGUUAGCAUAUUAGGUUGAACUGCACCUUAUUACAUUGUGAUAAAGGGUUGACAAUAACAUAGAUAAAGAUGUCAAAGCAAAUAUUUGCUUUGUUUCACUCUUUCUUUGAAACAUCUCAUCUAAAAUGAUAUAAUCCUAACAAUUGUUUCUGCAGUUUUCGGAGUACAUUUAUACUCAAGUUGAAGCUGGUAAAGGAAAACUGGCUCCGGGAUUUGAUGCCUCUAAAAUCAUAGAGAAUAUGUUCAGAAAUCAGGAUCGAAAUGAGGAUGGCAAGAUCACCGAAGAGGAGUUCAAACUGAAGGACCAAGAGGAUAAAGAGAAACAUGACGAACUUUAAAAUAUUACAGAGUGUUGCCAAAAUGUGUGUGUCUUUAUGCACUGUGAAUGCAUUAACAGGACAGUCUAAAAAGUUUGAGACCCAUGGAAAUGUGGGGGGAAAAUUAACAAUGGAUGCUAAAUGGCUUGUAUAUUUUAAGAAUUGGCAUAAAUGUGAAUUCAUUAGAAUUAUCCGUUUCUGUUUCAAUUCUGAAAUUCAGAAAAAGAUGUUUGGUAAGUUGAAAAGUACCCUAAAAUCAUGAAAUGGACACCAACUCUAUAUUCCCAAUUUUCUAUAAUUUGUAAAUGUCAGUAAUAAGCAGCACAGCAUAUAAGUCAUCAUAUUUAUGUAUGUUCUGUCAAUAGACAAGCCAUGCAAGAUUUUUUUUAUUCUAUACAAACCGUACAUGCGCGUGUAUGUGUGUGAGUGUUUGAAUGAGGGGGAUGGGGUAGUUGACUGUGAUGUAAAUGGUCAGAUGGGUUCUGGGUAAUUAGUAUGGUCAGGCCUUAUUUAGCACUGACAACAAGUAUUAGGAAUGUUUAAUGAAUUUUCUGUUACUUUCAUAUCAAGUAAAGAUUCAAGUUUUUUUUUUAUUCAGGGAGUAAAUGGAAGUGCCCUUUACAAUUUCAAAAACAGUUCAGAAAUAAUUUGACUAAUAAAUAAACAGUUAUUUUAUAUGGUGUAGGAAUGAAAAUAUUCAUAUCAAGACUUGUGUGUGUAUUUGAGCGAUACAGGACCACUUACUUAAUUGAGAAUUCAUGGUGAAUUCAAGUAAAUUUCUAUUUAAAGUCCAGAGUAGCUAAAUAGAGAGCUUCGCUGACUUAGAGAAUUUUUCCAUUUCAGCUAUUUUGACCUUAAAAUUGAAAUGUGCGUUGAAUUCACCAUACAUUCUCACUUUAGUAAAUAACCCUGUUAGAGUGUAUAGUAUAUAUUUUUUUCUCCCAGUACAGAAGUGGCUAGCUCGAAUGUAUCCUUCAAUCCUUCAAGUGGCUAAAGUUUGCACAAUCCAGUUGCAAUAUGGAGGUGCAACUGGAGAAAAAAUAUAUUUUAACAGCACAACAUCUAACAUAUCACAAGUUGUCUGAACUAUACACUGCAUUAAGGAUGCAGUCCGUGAAUUUUUAAGCCUUUGCACCAGUCUGUUUCUAUCCAACUAAAGCAACUUACAUUUUGUAGGAUUGCAAAUCAAACGUACUGGCAUUUCUUUUAUUGCUUAGUGUUGUUUGGUGUUGCAUGAAAAGUGUUGCCCGGUUGUAUGCCAUAUUCAUAGUGAGGCCAGCUAGUUAUUCGCAAGAGGUAUACGUGCAUAACUAACUUCCCUUCAGCAACAAAUAAACUACUCUUCCUUCCAGACAACUCUUUUCAUGUAAUGCCCAACAGCAACAAGAUGGUAAGAAAGUAAGUUUCUGUGUUAAAGCAUAGUGAUAUAAACAGAAAAUAUCAAAAGUUUUCAUUGUGCUGCAAAUAUAUUAAAAAUAAAAACUCUGACAAGAGUAAAUUUUUAAUAAAAGUGGUUGUUUAUUUAUUGG